UGGCUCUGUAUGCUAAUGAGCAGCAGACAGUUCGUAAUCUCCUGCCUACCGAACACUCUAUUAUCGGGUCCCGGUUAGACUGAUCACCGGAACCAUGCGGGCCGUGCCAACCUGGAUAGACCGAGUCCACGACCGGGAUAAAGUGGAGCAAUGGUAAGUGGGUUAUUCAGCCCUUAGCAACCGACCAGGGCCAUAGCAACCGGGGCUGGGGGUAUAGAGUGCAUAGCAACCGACCAGGGCCAUAGCAACCGGGGCUGGGGGUAUAGAGUGCAUAGCAACCGACCAGGGCCAUAGCAACCGGGGCUGGGGGUAUAGAGUGCAUAGCAACCGACCAGGGCCAUAGCAACCGGUACUGGGGGUAUAGAGUGCAUAGCAACCGACCAGGGCCAUAGCAACCUGGAGCUGGGGGUAUAGAGUGCAUAGCAACCGACCAGGGCCAUAGCAACCGGUACUGGGGGUAUAGAGUGCAUAGCAACCGACCAGGGCCAUAGCAACCGGUACUGGGGGUAUAGAGUGCAUAGCAACCUGGAGCUGGGGCUAUAGAGUGCCUAGCAACCUGGAGCUGGGGUUAAGGGGUGCAUAGCAACAGAGACUGGGGUUCCAUGGUAACCAAGUGCAAGGGACCAUGGUUGCAUGGAAACCAGGUUCCGGGGUAUAACUUGCAUAGAAGCCAUGUGUCAGAGGGACCUGGGUGCAUAGUAACUAUGUGCCAAAGGAACACUGGGUAAAUAGGAACCAGGAGUCAGAAGGGCAUGGGACCAUGUAACUAGGUGGCAGAGGAUUGUUUGGUGUGUAGUAACUAGGUGGCAGAGGAGAAGGAGAUGCAUAAUAACUAGGUGGCAAAUAAUCAAAAAUUGCACAGUAACUAGCUGGUAAAGGAACUUGAAAUCCAUAGUAGCCAUGUACCAAGGGUGGCAUGGUGUGAAUUGGUACCAAGAGACAUAUGUUGCACAGUAACUAUGUACCUGAAGGCCAUGAGAUGCAGAGUUACUAGAUGCCAGGGGCUGUGCAUAGUAACUAGAUGCCAUGGGGUCAUGAAAUGCAUAGUAACCAGGAGAGGAUUGUCAUGGGGUGUACCUGGAAAUUAUGAUAUGAAGUGUUACAGUGUGCAAAGUAAUCAGGUGGGCAGAAAGAGACAACGAUUCGGCCUGGUUAUAGUUGACCUGUAAGGACAUUAGUAUACUGAAACCAGCAGCUCCAGUCAAACAACUAUUGGAGUGUUGGCUGGCUGAGCAUCAUGAGACAAUAUUCAAUAACAUUUGAAAUUCUAAAGUUAAAUCAUUUUACUUGUGAUGUGCCUUUCUUUUUAGAGUUCUAGAAAUGGUGAUGCAUAGAAUUUGGUACAAUUUCAUACUGGACAAAUUGACAGCAGUGUUUCCCAAACCAGUCCUCAUGGCCCGCCAACAGUCCAGACUUUGUCAAUAUCUCCAUUGGAAUAAAAAAGGGAAAUACAUAAAUCCUUGAUUGUUUGUAGGCCAUCAGGUCUGGUUUGGAAAUCACUGCCUUCCAGCUUAUUAUAAAGCAUGGGCACUAUGGAAAGAGUUUGAUGGUAGUGGCGUUUCUUGAGUAUAUGGUUGACUCAGUAUCCCCCUCCCCGAUGCAGCAACUCUUUCUUUUUACUAGAAGCUUUUUUUUAUCUAUAUUUCCCUCUCUUUCCGCUCUGUUCCACCACCUUUUUCUUAUUAAGUCACCGCUCACACACAGGAAAUGCAUACAAGAAUUUCUAUCAAUGAAUUGUUGACUAUAACAAACUGAAAUCUCUUCACAAGAGAUACCUGCAGCAAAUAUGUUUCUUAGGAAUUUUAAUAAAUGUGCACCGUUCCUUUUUCAAGCAGUGUGCCUUAAGCGCAUCCCCGGUGGUGCUGUCUGGGCCUAAUAGGUAAUUUCAAUGGCCACAGUACUCAGUUACAUCUUGUAUUUUCAUUGUUUUUAUUUAUGGUUCUCUCUCCGAAUAAAUCUCUUUACGGAUUUCUGCCCUUGUUUAUUUGUUUAAAAUGCUGCUUGAACAAAUGGGACAUGUUAUUUCAUGUGCAGCUAUAAAGAAUUAAAAAAUAAUACAUAGAGCUCUAAAUCUGUUCAGCAAAUUGUCCAAAUGGUUGCUCAACGGACAACAAUGCCUUUUUUUUCACCAAGUCAGAAAAUAAUCCCCAAAUAAUAGGAAAAAUAAUAAAUAAAAAACAAAUACUGUUUCUAACAGUUUUAUUUUAUAAACCAGAAAUUGUGUUAAUUAGCUUGUAUGACAUGUGGCAUAGAUGCUACACCCAAUUCACUGGUACUAUUUUUUAAUCAAAAAUGGAAAAGGUUGAAUUGACCAUCUCCUCAUUAAUGUUUUGAUAAGCUUUUUCAAAUGAUUGAAUAUUAUGAAAAAUAUUUUAAUUUUGUAAUGUUUUGAUAUUUUGUUGAUAUAUUUUUCACAUAUAUUUUGGAAAAAUAAUUGUAAAAGUUUAUCCAAAUAUAUUAAAUUGUUUGAAGGGAGGUGUACGUAGGAUGUAGGACACUAAGGAGGAGCUAAGGGCAAUGGGAAAUGCGCAUAUGCACUAAGGUACCACCCGGUUUCCUAAGCUGUGUUCACCUUCGUGGAGCUGAGUGCUCUGAGAGCAGUGACUAGAGAGUGCAGAAAUAAUCACCACGAGGGCAGGAAUAUCGGAUAAGAGGGUACUACUUGAAAGUAUAUCUGGCCGAGGGUCUCCGUUUACUACAUUUGACACGGAUAGCCUUGCUGUCAAUUCCACAGGGAUAGUAGAUGAUCAUAGUUACAAUGACCCAAAAUCAAUCGGCAAUGCCUUUAAUAAAUUCUAUGCAAACUUUAUAGCCUCUCCUCCAGCCCCCAGGAAACAGUAAUAUCUAAAUAUUUGGAUAAGAUUGAGUUGCCAACACUUACGGAUGAUCAGCAGAAAGAGUUAAGCUUACCAUUCCCCGAAUAUCAGGUCACUUUGAUAAUUAAUAAUCUUAAAGGACCACUAUAGUGCCAGGAAAACAUACUCGUUUUCCUGGCACUAUAGCGCCCUGAGGGUGCCCCCACCCUCAGGGUCCCACUCCCGCCGGGCUGGAUGGCGAGGAAAGGGGUUAAACUUACCCUUUUUCCAGCGCCGGGUGGGGAGUUCUCCUCCUCUCCGCCUCUGAUCCUAAUCUUCGGCUCAAUGCGCAUGGGCGGCAGGAGCUGCGCGCACAUUCAGCCAGUAUAAUAGGAAAGCAUUCAUAAUGCUUUCCUAUGGACGCUGGCGUCUUCUCACUGUGAUUUUUCACAGUGAGAAGCACGCAAACGCCUCUAGCGGCUGUCAAUGAGACAGCCACUAGAGGCUUUAGAGGCUGGAUUAACCCUAAUAUAAACAUAGCGGUUUCUCUGAAACUGCUAUGUUUAUAAAAAAAAAGGUUAAUCCUAGGGGGACCUGGCACCCAGACCACUUCAUUAAGCUGAAGUGGUCUGGGUGCCUAGAGUGGUCCUUUAAACUGAAUAAAGCUCCAGGUCCUGACUUGUAUACUAACUGUUUUUUUUAAGACGUUUAAAACCGAGCUUUCGCAACAUUUAUUAGACACAUUUAAUGAGAUUAGAGAAACUGGUCUUCCUUUGAAAGAAUUAAUACAGGCCAAUACUUCACCAAUAUUAAAAACAGAUAAGGACCCUACUGAUCUAGCCAAUUACCGGCCUAUAUCUCUUAUAAGCUCAGAUAUUAAAAUUUACUCAGCUGUCAUUGCGACUAGACUAAAAUCAAUUAUCCCGUCUUUAAUUCAUCACAACCAAAUAGGCUUUGUUCAGAAUCUAAAUCCAAGUAACAAUACUCGAAGACUGACUGGCUUGAUUGAUUAUGUAACAAGGAGCAAGAUUCCUCUGCUGGCCCUGUCAUUAGAUGCUGAGAAGGCAUUUGACAGGGUCAGUGGGAGUUUUAUGAACCAGACUUUGGCCAAAUUUGGAUUUGUUGGUUCCAUCAAAACUGCAAUAAUGACUCUCUAUUCUAGUCCAAUGGCGAAAACUGUGGGCCCUGGCAUCUCCGCAGAUUUGUUCACAAUUUCUAACGGGACAAGGCACGGAUGCCCCCUUGCUUCGCUUUUAUAUAUUUUAACACUUGAACCACUUGCAGUGAGUAUAAGAAACAACUAUCAAAUUAAAGGAGUCAUCAUGGAUCAUUCUGAUUUUAAGACCAGCCUCUAUGCUGAUAAUAAAAUUAACAUUGACAGAUCCGGUCACAUCACUAGGGGCCUUGAUCUUAGAGUUAGAAGAUUAUAGUAGAGUCUCAAAUUACAAAUUAAAUGUUGGUAAAUACUAAGUUAUGCCCAUUAACUUAGACUCUAUGACAAUUAAAAGACUAUCAACUUAUGCCAUUCGGCACCUUCCAUGACGGAAUUUUGUAUAUAGUUAUCCCUCCCCUGAUAUAUCAGUUUAUGUUAUGCAUAAGUACCCCCUCCCUACCCCCCAAACCUCUUAAGCAGUUACUACACCGCCCCAGAUCUUUAGCAACACGGGUAAACCCACAUAGGUCGACCAUGCACCAUAACCGCAUUGAUUCCGCGAACAGAUUGCCCCACGAAGACAUCUUCACCAAGACGUCUAGCCAUCGGAUACCUGAACUAGAGAACCAAACCUCUAUGGUCUAUUCUCACGCUCCAUCCUAUACAACGCUUAUGAUGGGGUACCAAACUAUCCCGCCAUGGCACACGAAUAAGGGAGCCGCACUAAACACUACCAGGGCCAUCGCAGUCCGCCCCAAUGACCACUUAGCCACCGAACAUCACCUACCUAAAUGACGCUUACUUUUUUAUCCCUAAACGUCAAAGGUCUGAACUCUCCCCAUAAACGUAGGUUAGCGUUAGAAGAAGCGAAGAAACAUAAAGCCCAUGUAGCGUUCUACCAAGAGACCCACUUCAAAUGGGGUUCGCGCCCCAGGUUCUGCUCCACACUAUUCCCACAUGAUUUUCACUCAUGCUAUAAGAAAAAAAAGAGAGGGGUAUCCAUCCUAAUAGGGAAAACAGUCGCGUUCUCACUAGUUAAAAAAAUUGGGGAUAAACAUGGCCGAUACCUAUUGAUUCAAUGUUAUAUCAACAAUGAACCAUAUACACUGAUUAAUAUAUAUGGCCCUCACACGAAUCAAACGGAGUUCCUGGACAACAUAUUUGCCCUAAUCAAUCUGCACACAUUCGGAGAACUCAUCAUGGGGGGAGACACUAAUUUCCUUUUAGACUGUUCUCUUGAUUCCACUUCAGCCCAUAAACUCGCCAAGGCAUCUGCACGCAAACAACACAAAUCCACCUCCCAACUAUGUAACCAGAUCUUACACAAUAACUUACUAGACCCCUGGAGAAUCCUCCGACCCGUAGAACGAGACUAUACUUUCCACUCCCCAGUCCACAACUCCUACACCAGAAUCGACAGGUUCCUACUACCGGCCACAACUAUGCAUAAAGUUCUAUCAGCCCAGAUUGGCCUAAUUACCUGGUCUGAUCAUGCACCAAUAACACUAGCUCUAGCAGAACAGUUCCCCACGAAUGGCAAAGGGACAUGGAGACUCAAUGACUCCCUACUAUUAGAUCCAAAAGUAGUGGACCAACUCAAAGCUGACUUACUCUCUUACUUUCGCACAAACACGACCCCCGACAUUGACAUAUCGACUACAUGGCAUCAAUUUUUUCGCAUAUGAUCUAUGUCUGAUACCACUUAACGUGCAAAAUAAAAACAAUUUAAAACAAAACACCGACUCCUAUCGCUGCAAACUAAACUCAGAGACCUAGAGUUUAAAAAAACAACCUUUAUGCUUCGACGCUAUAAACACAAUUUCUUUACUAAUGGCAACAAAGCAGGCGCACUGCUCGCAGCACAGCUCAAGGCGCGCUCUGCUAACUCGAGAAUUGCCCACAUUAACACAUCCUCGAACCAAAAACUCACAAACCCACAAGAUAUAGUGGAUGCAUUUGCUUCCUACUAUAGCAAACUCUAUAACUUAAAGGAAGAUCCUGAAGUAACUCCACCACCUCCGUCUCUAGUCCAAGACUUCAUAGCGCAGGCGAACCUCCCUACACUAACACCUGAAGACAUUACCUCUCUCACCGCACCGUUCACCACACAGGAAAUAGAGAAAACAGUAGCACAAUUGCCUAAACACAAGGCCCCAGGCCCAGAUGGUUACACGAACUUGUAUUACCAAACAUUCGCACACAUACUAGCCCCACACAUGGCCGCAUUAUUCAACCAAUCCUUUCAGAAGGGAUCACUGCCCUCUGAGAUGCUGAGAGCACACAUCUCUACCCUCCCAAAACCGGGCAAAUCCCCUACGCAAUGCCACAACUUUCGACCGAUAUCGUUGCUCAAUGGAGACGUGAAGCUUUACGCUAAGCUCUUAGCGAACAGGCUAUCCGACAUUCUCCCAAAAUUGACUCAUAAUGACCAAUCCGGGUUUGUUAAAACGAGACAAGGCUCCGAUAACACCCGUAAGAUUCUGAACAUUCUCGCACAUACUCACACUAGUCGCAAAGAAGGCCUUCUCUUAGCGCUGGACGCAGAAAAGGCCUUCGACAGGCUCAAUUGGGACUAUAUGCAACAUGUACUCCAAACAUUCAGCUUCACACCGCCAAUAAUAUCAGGAAUCAUGGCUCUAUAUAACAGUCCGACCGCACAGGUGGCAAAUGCGGGCUUUUUGUCCAAACCAUUCAAUAUCACUAAUGGUACCAGACAAGGGUGCCCCCUAUCACCAUUAUUGUUUGUUCUAUCCCUAGAGCCGUUAGCGCAUAUCAUUAGACACCACCCGGACAUCAAAGGUAUAGCAAUAGGCCCAAGCGAAUACAAACUAUCCAUGUUCGCUGCAGACGUCCUUAUCACACUGAGCAAGGUUACCACGUCGCUCCCACCCCUGAUGCACCUCUUAAAAACUUAUGGCAAGGUGGCAUAUUACAAACUAAAUCAAGCUAAGACACAGGCCAUGGCCAUUGGACUCCCGCAUACCCUGGUCCGGGAACUCACCCGGAACUAUGAGUUUGAUUGGAGGGACGACCACAUUACAUACCUAGGAGUCAAAAUAGCGCCCACAGUAGAACGUAUGUACCAUUAUAACUAUAAACCACUAAUCCACCUGUGUAAAACGGAAUGCCUUCGAUGGAAACCGGUAAAACUGUCAUGGUUAGGCAGAAUCAAUACCAUUAAAAUGGUCCUCCUGCCAAAGCUACUGUAUAUAUUCCGCCUCCUCCACAUACAUGCUCCACCCACUCUUUUUAAACAGCUCCAACAAAUCUUAUCAUCAUUCAUAUGGAACUCGCGUAAACCCAGGUUAUCCCACCGCUUAUUACAGCAACGCACAACAGAGGGCGGUGUAGGCCUCCCGGACGUAUAUACCUACUAUAAGGCAGCUCACUUAGAAGCCGCAGUGAAACUGCAUACCCCCAAGGCGGUAUAUCAGUGGGUAGACAUGGAGUUGGCGAAAUCCGCCACGACACCCUUGGUGGAUACCCUAUGGACUCCCAAAACGCUUCGCCCCAAAGGUGGAACCCUGUUCCCAACCACAUCACUCACCCUGCAUCACUGGGAUGCACUAAGACACAGGCAAAACGCCACCUAUAAAUUCCACCCUCGAGCACCACUGACGGCCAUACGAGCAAUCUCACCAUGGCUCUCCCUGAAAUCCUGGGUUAAGUUAGGUAUUAACCACCUAGAUCAAGUCAUGCAACAUAACCUCAUCAAACCUUUCCCAGACCUACAACGAGACUUUAAGCUAACCAAUUCCUCAAUAUUCCCCUACAUGCAGCUCAAGAGUGUCAUACCCACCCAUGUGGCACAUAUCACUACGAAUGCUAGCCAAGACACCAAAGUAGUAGAUACACUAUAUAACAGAUGCUGGCAAACCCCAACCAAACCAAAAACCCUUGCUCUAUGUUACCAAGUAAUCCUGAAAACAGCACCACACUACACCCCACCCUUCGUGAACCAGUGGCUCACUGAAUGUGAUGAGCUCAUAACUGAGGCAGAAGUGCUAGCGUCUCCCAAUGCCCUCAAGGGACUUACUCAAAGCUACUCACACAUAGAGGCCCACAGGAAACUGGUAUAUAGGUGGUACUUAACACCACACAGGCUCCAUACCAUGUACAACUCUGUAUCCCCGCUCUGCUGGAGGUGUGGGGAAAAACAGGGCACAAUGUUCCACAUCUUGUGGGCAUGCCAACGUAUACGCCCCCUAUGGGAGGAAGCACAGUCCACCCUACGGACCAUAGGCAUCACAGCACCACCACUAGAUGUACAUACAGGGUUAUUUCUCUCCUAUUCGCACUCGACCCCAAAAUCGGUAAAAUGCAUAUUGGCAAUCACUGCAUUAGCAGUACGAAACCUCAUAGCAACGCACUGGAAAAGACGGGAAUGCCCUUCCAAAACCCAAUUGUUCACUAUGCUCCACCGCUACCACAUAUAUGAAGGCUUGACAGCCAAAACGGCCCCACAAAGGAAGUCCUUCCAGAUGUCCUGGGCACCAUGGGCUGAUUUUUGGGAAAGGGUGAAUGCUACUAAUGUGACAUAGCACCAAGACGUGGCUAAGUCAAAAAACUGCCAAAAGCACUGAUAUGGUACAUACCAUCAAUGCCACACACACAAAGUCCCAUACCCAGUAUGAAAACAACCCCCCUCAGAGGUACUUGAGGCUCCCACGUAUAGAAUGAUACACCCAUCUAGGGGUCAGACCUACCGAGGUGUAUAUCCCACCUCCAUAACACACUUGAGCAUUAAUACUUACCAUGACCUGGGGCCAUACUGAAGUAACUAACACCUCCCCAACACCCCCUCCCUUUCCCCCCUUUUUUUUCUCUUUCUUCAUUCUCCCUCUCCACUGUUCAUCCCCAGUUGAAAAGCCCAAACCCAAGCUGUAAUGUCCUCUGCCAGGAAUGAGAAGUUAUGCAUAGGCCUGCCUGAGUCUAGCAAGGCUCAGCAUGCUCGGAACACAAGAUGUUAGAUAUGAAGAAUGUAUCCAUGAGGCCUUAAUGUACUACUGCUGUCCGGCUAGGACUCAAUGCAAAUGUUCUUCUUCUUUCUCCUAGAGGCAUGAUAAAAUUGGUGAAAAAUGUUGUAUAACCCAACACCCUCCCUUUCUUCCUUCUGUACCCCAUUGACUUUAUGAAAAUAAAAAAUUACCAAUUUAAAAAAAAAAGACUAUCAACUAAAUAUCCUUUUACUUGGUCAAUUUUUUUUCAAAUAUAGAAACCUCUUAUUUAAGAGAUAUUUAUGAAAAUUGGGUAAAAUACAGGGGGGAAAAAUCAUAUUCUAAAUAAAAAAAUAAAAAUAAAAGGAAUAUGGGGGCGGAGCCUAGCAGCCAAGCAACCCAGACGUGUUUGGCACAAGCUCCCACGUCUGGAGACAAAAAUCGGGGUGCCUUACUCAAGAACCCGCAUGCACAGAUCACUGUCUCCACAGCUAAUAAACAGGAGAAGAAGCUGCACCCGGCAGUACCUUUUUGGGGAGUCUGGGACACUGGAUUGCCUCACUGGGGACUUGAGGCCUACACGCGGCCGGGCCACGAGGAAGCGGCCGAUCCUCUGGCUCAUAAGCUAACGCUGAAACCCCGGUAAAUCACUCCACCUCCCCUGGAUCGGCGGGGGUUAUCCCGGUCCCCACUGGACUGUACUAAUCGACUGACACCGCACCUAACCAUACAGCAGAACCUGGGCCUAGCCGCACUCACCAAAAUGACGACGGAACACUGGCCUACAGAGACUGCAAGCGAGCACACUGCAACCCUCUGCAGCUCAGUAGACCACUUUACGCAGCAGUUAGACAGGCACUUCCAACGAUUCUUGAAGGCCCUGAUGAAACACUGCACAGCCUUACCAGCACAAGCUCGGGUAGAAGGGCGGAGAGAAGAGAGCCAGAGGGCACGGUGGACCCCCUCGGGCCAAGCUGCACGAAAAACCCCCAAACCUCCCACUACUGGCCUACCUGGGCCGAAGGCCACCCUGGGCAUGACCCAAAGACAUUGCCCACAAAGACGGAGAGCCCACCGCCGCAGCCAGAGGCUGUCCGGCAAGACCCCCCGUCACUCCCACAGGGAGAGGGACCCAGCCUCUCGAGGAAACUGGAUCCGUGGAACGAAGAUGUCGGCCUUCAACCUGGCCUGGGGCUGGAGGGUGGACUUACCUUGCCUCUACCGAACCGCACACGCUGCUCCAAGCCCUACUCCAUAUGACAACGACCACGAGCGGAAGAAAAACGCACGACUGAGCCGCAACGGUGAUACAACCGGUAAAUUCCUUACCGCCAUCAAGAACUUUCCGCACGUGGGCAUUGGCUGAGCUAGGAAGGGUCGUCUGGCGCACACCACUGUACCCCACUACUAUGGCACCGAACCCCUGCAAGUUCCAAUGGACUGUCUCUGGCAACAGGAUUCCCUUAAUGGACUGCCCUAAUGCCUACCGGCUUUCCCAAGUCCCACACUCACUCUGAUAUCCAUCCGUUUGAACUCACCUUACCCUCUACGCAAACACGACAUGCCAAAAUUUGUACUCAAAACCAGGGAACCGGGAGUGGUAGACGGCAGUCACUCAUGCUUAAACCUCCCGGUGACCCCGAAAGGGCACGCAAGUCGCCGGUCGGAUUGGCAACUACCCCCAUGAUCAUCUACGGGUACCAGGGACUUAACCCAGCAUACCGGCUCCGGGAUAGCAAAGCCUAGUAUGUUAUUAUUAAGUCUGUUAUCUAUUUGUUUUCCCUCACGUAUAGCAAGGUGCAGCCAGUUACAACUGAAGAUUAGCCCAGUGGUUUUCACCUUAAUUACAUAUUCAGCAAAUGCCUAGUCCUUGCAAUUCCAGAUAACAUUACUCGACUACUCAGACAAGUGCUGUGCUUAAACAUGAUCACAGCUCAGAUUAGCAUGUAUUAAAUCAUAUUUUCUAGCACUCAUUAACUUUGUUACUGCCUGCUCGGACAUCACAAACUAACUUACCGCUUAAAACAAUGAUUAGCCAUAGCAUGCAUGUAUGUAGAGCGUCUAGGCAAAGCAUAAUGUUUAAACUUUAUUACUCACUCGAUAGGCACAUGAGCAAGCGUUCCUUUGUAUUUCAUUUUAUUUUAUUUUAGUCCCUUGUAGACUCUUAAGACUCGACUAUACUUGGUAACAGCGUUUAAAAUAUACCUAUCUGUUUAGCCUGUACAGUGUUACUGUUGUUAUAACUCUGCUUGAUAUCUCACUUAAGUCUAACCACUUACAUUACUAAUACGCUAAACUUACUAGAACUACUCUUCUUAAUAUAAAAUGAGGCUAACAGUUACUCAGAGAUGAUAUAAAUUGCAUUGUAUUAUACCCGUUAUGUAUGAAACUUUAUUGUCUCCCCUUUCUCAUUCUGUACCCCAUAUAAUUUUCUGCCUCAAUAAAAAAAAAAGAGAUUGACAAAAAAAAAAGGAAUAUAAUAUUACUGAUAUAAAUAUAGGUAAUUGGAUUAAAUCUGGUACAAUUAAAAUAAGAGAUCUACUAGAGUCAAUAAAAUAAGGCCCUUUUCACACCUUCAGUUAAGUCUUGACCUUAAAUCAAGGUAGAUAUUCUCAUAUCUAAGAAUAAAAAAUAAUUUGGCAAACACGAGGCGAAUCCACGUGCGGCCCUCACCCAUCACGUUCCCAUAUCCGAUAGCUCCCCAUGCCCGCAAUAGGUAACGAUAAUUAAGCACCCCGCAACCCAUGGUACCUAUGUUGCCAAAACUGAUGACGCCCCGAUGGCCUCACCCGCGCCCCUGACUCACCUCCUGACGCUCAAUAUCCUAGUUACGCACUUAGCCCAAGUCAGUCCCUGACUUCUACGCACCUAACCACCACAAACGAUGAUAACCAAGAAGCCGGCUAGUAGUUCAGCAGACAUAUCCAUUGAGAACUGUACCUUGUUACAUGUUAUAGUUGGUUCUUACUUAUUAGUUCAACAUGUUCUUCAUAAACCGAGGCCUGCGGUAAAUGUGGGAAGAUAUAUAGUACAUAGGGCCCUACUUGAUAUAUGUGCAACCCGCUUUUCCCCUUUUCUUAUUCUGUACCCCAUACAUUUUAAUAUCUCAAUAAAAAAGUGAUUGACAAAAAAUAAAUAAAAAUAAUUUGGCUAAUCAUCACCUCCAAGACGAUACUACAAUAAAUAAAAAAUUAAAUGAUCUAUUUAAAAACAAUACAAAACGUAAACUGAUAUCUAGUUGGUAUGAAAUACUGAGUGAGGAAGAAAUAGAGUCUAAACCAAAAGCCUGGAAAAACUGGGAACAAGAAUGCGGGUCCCCCAUCGAGCUAGAGCAGUGGUAUAGAUCAAUUCAAGAAGUUACAAAAUUGUUGCACUGUUUAAAUAUUAUAGAGCUUCACUACAAAAUUCUUCAUCAAUGGCAUAGGGUACCAAAAAUCCUAAAUAAAGUUAACCCUGGUAAUACCAAACUAUGCUGGAGGUGUAAUUGUGUAGAAGGUAGCUCUAAACAUAUCUGGUGGGAUGUAAGCUUUUAAGACCUAUAUGGAAUAGGGCAUUUAGAGUUAUAUAAAACUUAGUGAGAGAAGAUUUGGAAGAAAAUUUCUUGGUUGCUCUUUUUCAUUUUAAUAUAAAAAAUUUUAAACUCAAAAAAGAUAUCUAAUAAUUCAACUUAUGAUAGCCAUAAAAAUAGAAAUCUCAAGAUAUUGUCUACAGAAAAAAAAUCCCAUCCUGAACUCAGUUGCUAACUCAGCUUAAAUACCAAUAUGAUAUGGAAAGGGGUAUUAAAAAUGGUUACCUUGGUUAGACAACCUUAUAUAACUCUAUCCUAAACAAUCUUUUAAAAUUUGUUAUAUAUGUUAUAUGUGUGUGAUGUAUAUUCAACAGUUCAUAUAUUUCUCUUCUGGCAAUCAAUGUACACGACUAACCUUGAACUGUGUACUUGUCUGUAACGUUCUUCAUGUAAAAUUUGCAAAAAGAAUAAUAAAUAAAUAAAUCGUUUGAAAUGCUUAUCCAACAAUAGUAAAACAAGACGUAUGUUAGAAAUAAAACCCAUUACCCUGAAGUUUGAAUACAUACUAGGUAUACUGUAGCAGGGAUAGAACUAUAGAUUUUUUUACUACCCCCUCUUUUGGUCUCUCUAUUAGACUCAAUUAAAUAUUUUGGAUAAGCUUUCAAAUUAUUUAAUAUUUUGCUAAAUAUUUUUUAUAAUAUUAUAUUUAUAUUUUUUGAAAUAUUUAUAUAUAUAUAUAUAUAUAUAUAUAUAUAUAUAUAUAUAUAUAUAUAUAUAUAUAUAUAUAUAUAUAUAUAUAUAUAUAUAUAUAUAUUUUAAAUUCUUUAUUUUAUUCGUGCAAACGAUUAACAAGCAUGUUUGCUUUGCCACAAUAGCUGGAGCAAACCGGGAGGUACACAUAGAAAAACAACUGUAUGGCAUUGAUAGCUUUGCACAGUUUUUAAAUUAGGUAAUCAGGAUGAACAUAUAUGGCUUAACAUUGUGAGGUGCUUGUUUGUAACAUAUUUAUUUAAAUAUUUUUAUGUAUGAUGUAUUUUUUUUUUCUUUUACAUUUGUAUUUCAUUGGAGUUUCCAAUUCCAAAUAUAACAUCUGCGUCAAGGUAUAAGGUUACAAGAAUAGGUAUAUAACAUACAACAAUAUAUUCCAAUGUGUAUGCAUAUCAGUGUGCGGUGUAGGAUAUGCCUGGCAUCCUCUAGGACUUUGCCCUAUAGUGUGCAUAUAAGAAUAUAGGUAACCAUUGACUCUGUAUUACAUGUGUACUAAGGGAUACAAAUUGGAGCUUAUGCGCGCUUAAUACUUGAGGACUACAAAAUGCGCUGCUACUGUUCGUCACAUCUUGUUAUGUGUGGUUUGAUCAAGAGACAGUCUCGUUGGAUGUGGUGUAUGAUCUCUCUGGUAGUUGUGUAUAACGUAAAACUAAUGAAUGAAGGGUCUUAAGUAAUUUAAGGGAGAUAAACAUUCUACAGUUGGGGGCUAAGAUAUGGUCAAUAAAAGUGUAUGACUGUGUUUGCUGUCAACUUGGUAUGAUGCGUUUCAGGUCAGGGCUCCCGGUGCAGUGAGUCCGGUCGCUUGGGCAGUGGUUAGAUGCAGUCUCUGCAAAAAAGUGUUAGAGUCCUCUCUUGAAGUCAGGGUGAGUGCUGUAUCUCCUUGUGUCACGAUUAGGGAACCAUCUGCUCCCCAGUGGUAUUUGAUUGCGGCGUUUGGCAAUUGUGUAGAUAUCGGGGCUAGUUGCCGUUGUUCAAGUAGUGUGGUAAACGGGAGAUCUGCAUAGAUCGCCACUGUGUGUCCUUUGAAGCGUAUGUUGCCAAGCUCCCUGGAUCGGUUCAUGAUGGUGGUGCUAGUUGUGAUGUCUGUUGUUACUGCUAUGGUGUCUCAGGGUGCUCCUUGAGGGGCGGCCACCAUCUUUGCGGACUCUGAAAGCAGAUGUUCAUAUUGUGCGGUCUGUGCCUCGUUUUAUGCCAAUGGAUGCCAGCAGCCUCUGGGUGUAAGGUAGCAAUGUUUCCCUUCCAAUCUGCUCUGGAAUACCUCUCAGGCGUAUGUUGCGUCUCCUAUGUCUAGUUUCUAGUAUUGUGACCAAUCUGGUGAGUGUCAUAACCUGUCGGGUUAGACUAUUCACCAUUUCAGCUUGUGCCUCCUGAAGGUCGGCCUUCCAUACCUGCCUCACGUCUUUUAGGAGACUCUUGAUGUCCCCUUUAGUUGCUGGGGAAGUUUCAUCAUCUGAAUCAGAUUCUUGCUCCACAUCUGCUGCUGUGGGUGAGGUAGGUUCAGCUGGUGGGGGUUAAUGAGGACAGAGUGUCCGCGGAGCUUUUGCGUCUAUUAUAAGGUAAUAACCCUGCCAUCAGGACGAAGCUCUCUUUAGACACGUCCGUGUUGCUGCUCAGUCAGCCUAUUUUUGAUAUUUUAAUAUUUUUAAAAAAACACAUUUUAAAAGCUUAUCUAAAAAUAUUAAAUUAAAACCUUAUCUGUGAAUAAAAUCAGCAUUUAGUGACAGUCCCCUAACAAUUAAUCAAACUGUUUAAAAAAAAAUGUUUGGCACCCCAGACAGAUGGUGUGCUUGAUGAAAUGCUGACAUGCCUUUUCAGUGGGCAGGCAUGACACUCCCCAGGCUAGCCUGCCCAAAAUGGGUGUCACAGUGACACAAGUGACGCUACCUAGAAGGCCCUCCUACCCUUCCUGCUCCUAAUUUAUUUUGGUAACUUAUGUAAUGGUUCAUACUAACAAUUACUCUCAUUUUGUUUCUGUCCUAAUUUAGUAUUUACGAUCUGGCUUUUAAACCUGAUGGGACACAGCUUAUUGUGGCAGCAGGAAACAGAGUUCUGGUAUGGAAAACUGCAUUUUGUUUUCAUUUAUGAUUUAUGUGUGAAGUGUUGAAUUUUCACAUUUUCAGUCAGUGUUGUACAUAGAAAUUGUAAACUGACCUGGAAAUUGAAAAUCUUAGGCCAAUAUAGAAACAUUAGAAGAAUUCUCCACAAUUCGCAUUUUAUUGAAUGGUCAUGCUUGUUACAUCUAGAUGUGACUGUUCAAUACAGAUUGUGAGAUUUUAGUUUGCAUUCUUUGUAGCAGCAAAUUGAAAUAAUUGAUUUAGUAUGCUGUAUUUAUUAAUAAAUAAUGAUAUUUAGUCCCAUUAGUUACCUGGAGACUGGUUCUGGAAUAAAAGUACAUUUUGGAUUUAGCCUAGACUCUGAGAUAAAUCAGUGCGGGACUGAUUCAGAGUUUGCCCAAUUUGAUGACAGAAAAUGUUGUGAAUUUCAGUUUCUGAAUUGCUUAUAAUGAUCAGUCUUUGGUUAAAAAAAACCAAAAAACUUAACUUGUAAUUUUGGCAAAAACAACUUAUCAAAACAAAAAAAUUAUCUAUUUUCCAACUAAACUAUUGAAAAUGAAUGCUAGCUUACAAUUUAAAAUAGUUUAUCCCUGUGGUAAGUUCACUAUACAGUGGGUUGUGGAGAGGUGUCAACAAACUUGCAAAUUAUGGGGACAAGAAAUCUCCAACUUGGGUGAAUUGAAGAUUUUUACAACUAGGAUAUUUUGACCUUAAAUUUGCAAGAUAGCUCUCAGCACACCACGACUCACUGUUUAAUCAAUGAAACUUAAAAAUCAGCGUUUCCCACCUUGUGUGCAGCGCAUAAAACAAAUUCAGACUAAACUUUACUUUAAAAAAAAAAAUGUAAACACUGAGGUAAAAAUAGUUUUCUCUACUGAUGAUCAUGUGCAUCAUAAAUAUGAUUUUUUUUACUUCAAACAUAUUACAGGCUAACCCAAAUUAACACAAUGUUCUCACAGAGAUAUAAAUGCAGACAGGGAGGACAAUUUUGCCCUGCAUUAAGGUAUACUAGAUGUACUAAAACUAUAUAUACAUAUAUAUAUAUAUAUUUUUUUUUAAUUAUUUAAAAAAAAAUUCUGUCAGCUGUACAGUCUAUAAUGGAGGUAUGGCUAACACAAUAUAUUUCAGUAGGCCGGUCUAUCACUGUGAGAACACUAUUGGGAAGGACAUAUCAGGGCAUGAUGGGAAAUAUGUACACAAGAGCAAAGUAAUGCAAGCUCAAAUAUGUCAUCAAAAAUAUCUGUUAAAUUGCAUGGCUGAUGAAUUCAAGGUUUUGAACAAUCAGCUGGUGCCUCCUGUAUUUUGGUGUUUUAUAUAAAACAAAACAAAAAAAAGGUCAUUAUGACUCCUGUAGUGUAGCAAUAUUUUCAGCCUUAUACUGAAUAAUAAUUCUAAGGUUUCCAAACUCUGUUUGCAGGUUUACGACACUUCAGAUGGAACCUUAAUUCAACCAUUAAAGGGACAUAAGGAUAUGGUGUACUGUGUGGCUUAUGCCAAAGAUGGUAAUUUUAUGUUUUGGCAAAAAUAUUAUUAGUUUAUUAUUAUUAUUUUAUUAUUUAUAUAGCGCCAUCAGAUUCCGUAGCGCUGUACAAUGGGUAUUUUUUUAAAUUAUUAUUUAUAUUGCACCAAAAUAUUCCAUGGUGCUUUUCAGUUAUUCACUACUGCUAACAAGGAUUUAUAAUGCUAGUCACAAUACAAAAAAAUGGAGUUACUUGUGACAAUCAAGUUGUUUCACUUGACAUUAACAGCAGUGAUGCAUAGCAUUGACAGACAAUAUAAUUUUGAUUGAUACAAGAGGUGGAAGUGGCCCUACUUAAAUGAAUCUGUUAAGGAGAUAUUACUUAGAAUUAAUUUUUUUUAGUCACAGGUUAUGGCAUCCUAAUAACUUCAUGUCAAUUGAGUCAUUAGGUAGUCUGAAGGUCCUGGGCACUAUUUUACCUUACUAUUUUACAAUCAAACCUCAAAGUUGUAUUCAUGUCUGCCUUGCCCUUCUGCCUCCUCCUCUGGCCUGGCAUUAAUACCAAUAUUUUCCUCUGGAAGCUGGUUUUAGACUGAGAUUGUCAGCUGUUAUCCUCUCACUGGACACCCAUUGCAAGGAAUACUUUACAAAGCAUAUGAAGGGGGGAUGGCGGCAAAAGAUAGAUCCCCAUUUGCUGUAGAACUACAACUCCCUUGAAGCUGUUCGUGCCUUUAGAAUGACAAAGCAUCAUGAAAACUGUUGUUUUAAAACAUCUGGGGAUCUCCCUUUGGGCACCCCGAUCUAAAGCAGUCCUUACAGUGAGGUGCCAAUGGUAGGCUAAGAGUAUCCUCUGGUGCUUUCUGCCUGUCACCAAUACAUAUGGGAGAAGUUUGUGAUUGGUGUUAGGACCGGUGGAUAGGCAUAGAUGGCAUACAAAGUGAACCAUGCAGACAAAUUGACAUAAAGUUGUUAUGGGGUCAGAGUGGUCCUUUAGUUCUUUCUUUUAUUUUUUCUGUUGUAAAUCAAACAGUGAAAUGCUUUGCUCGACCUGCUCUCUGAAAGAAUGCAGUUAUUUAGUCAUUCAUUGACUAUGGAAAGUUUAUUUCGAUGGACAAUAUCACUGGUCCUGUUAUGCUACUAGUGCCAGUGAAUAAAAAAAGAUCUUGAUCCUUCCUUUCCAUCAAACUGUGUUUCUCUCAUAGGGUUUGAUUGUUACUGACACCUUUUCUGUAUGAUUUCAGGUAAACGUUUUGCCUCUGGAUCUGCUGAUAAAAGUGUCAUCAUAUGGACGUCCAAAUUAGAAGGGAUUUUAAAAUACACGUGAGUAGACAAAACAAAAGGCAAGAGCAUUAGUAAAAUGAUUCCAUGUCUAGAACCAUUAAAGAUAUUGGUAAAAUGUGAAAAUCCUGGAUUGGCAAUUUGUUGGUAACAAUUCCUGAAUUCUUCGUCAUUAUAUAUUUUAUUUAAUUGCAGAUUUUUCUUUUAAUAAACAAUCAGAGAAAUAGGAUUAAUAGUAGUUAUAUAUGUGUAAUAUUAUACAUGCAGUACAAAGAUAUAAUUUCAAACAUAAAUAAAAGAUUAGCUUGUUCAUUCAAAUGCAGCUUUGAGCUGGUUGAGAUUUAUGGGAAAUGUAGUCCAUAAACAUAUGCAGUGAGAACGUUACCAUUAGUAGAAUAUUCAUAUAAAUAGAUGACCAGGUAAGGUAAAAAAAUCUGAAUCCCUGCAAAUGACUCUCUAAGUGGCAGUGAAUAAAUCUGUUUAUAUGCUAAAUGUUGACCAGGGAAGGUAACUAUACUCAGUUCAGCAAUUUGUCAUAAUUAAACUUAUCAUUGUUUCAACAGGCAUAAUGACUCAAUUCAGUGCGUAUCCUAUAAUCCAGUUACCCACCAGCUGGCUUCAUGCUCUUCAAGUGACUUUGGUUAGUAGAUCUGGAUUCUGUACAGUGCCACCGGAGCCUAUCAGCAUUAUACAAUGUUUAAUUUUUUUAAUUUAAUUUUUUUAUAUCAGGUCUUUGGUCUCCAGAACAGAAAUCUGUUUCAAAACACAAAGUGAACAGUAAAAUCACCUGCUGCAGGUAAUUAUUGCACUAUUUCCAUAUAACCUCACAAGAACACACGACAAGAACCAUGGUUAUGGAUCUCGCCUUCUCCCCCAAAAAAUAAAAAAUGCCAGCAUGGUAUGCCAAAUCCCUAAUUUAAAGGAAUACUAUAGCGUGAUCCAUUUAGAUUAUCAGGUGCUCCUCGCUGAACCAGUCUCCGUGCUGCCACAGAUGUUGUAGGAACACCCCUUGCAUUAGUCAAGUCAGCAAGUGUCCGCUUUCGGAGAACAUUGUUCAUAGGAACCCAGUCAUUGUCCUCACUUGUAGAACACCAAAAAAUGCAUUUCCAUAUAUGGAUAAAAUGUAUUAUAUUGAUUAAUCUGUUGCCAAUUCACCAGUAGAGUCAAGUCAAGGGAGAGGAAGCUGAGCUGCAAUGUUUGACUACAAAAUUGUUACCUAUGUGGAAAACAUUUGGGAAUAUAUUAACUGGACAGUGACAUGAAACCUUGUUAUAAAUUUUAAUUACACUCUGCUGAAUAGGCUGUUUAAACAAAACAACAGUUUUUAAUAUCUUACAUUGCACAUCUAGCAAAAUUUUUCUUGAGAAGUUUCCUUUAUUAGUUUUGUGUGGCAUCUCCAUGGAGGUUGUUAGUUCCCCUGUUUUUUGCCGAUUCGCGUUUGCUGUUUUCCAGCUUUUGUCGGGGAAAAGCAACAGGAUUUGCCGUUUUUAGCAGGAGCUGUUGCAACCUGCAUCCGCUAUGCUCUGCGGUUAUGCCCCCCCCCCCUUUAUUAGUUUUUUUUAUAGGGUGCUAUUCUGAUUUCUGGCUUAUUUGAUAUUCUUCUCAUUUUGUUUUUAGCUGGACAAAUGAUGGGCAGUACUUGGCACUUGGCAUGUUCAAUGGUGUAGUGAGUAUAAGGAAUAAAAAUGGAGAGGAGAAAGUUAAAAUUGAACGUCCUGGUGGAUCGAUGUCACCAGUGUGGUCUAUCUGUUGGAACCCAUCCAAGUAAGUACAUGUGUAACUCUUCAUUCUUAUGAAAUAUGCCAUAGUGACCAAAAUUUAUACAUAACACAGAUUAAGGAAAAGCACACGCAUAAAAAUACAUUUCUAAAUUUUAUAAGGCUACUUAAAAUCACUUAUCUCAGCAAACAAAUAUAAGGAUUCAGUUCCGCCAUAUAGCUAUAUUGUAGUAGUGGUGAGGUUAACCAUAUGGUGCAACUGAAUCCCCAUAUUUGUUUGCUGAGAUAGGCGAUUUUAAGUAGCCUUAAAGAAUUUAGAAAUCUAUUUUUUAUGUGUGUGCUGUUCCUUAACCUGUAUUAUGUAUAACCUUUCAUUCUUGUCAUGCUCCAUUUUUUAAAAAAAUGUACAUUUAUGAUUUAUUAACAUCACAAUUCAGUUCAGUCUUCACACAGCCAAGGUGUGUAUUGUUUCCAAUUUUGCACCUUCAUUCGAUUGACAGGGAGCCAGAAUGGAGACACUAAGUUAUAGGAUAGAGCUAAAUACAGCUUUGUUUAUUUCUGAUUUUAAUUUAUAAUUUUUUUUAAGUAUUCAUAAGCACAUAUUUGUUAAAGGGACUAUGUACACUUAAUAUUACAAAUCCUGAAAUGCGACAUUUCCACAUUAAACUAAGGGAUAGCAUUGGUUGUAAAACAUGGCCUCGCUGUUUGUGUAAUGAUUGUUUUUCAGUGUUGUGUUUGAACCUAUUAAAAUUUACUACUGUGUGUGUCUUUUUCCUGUUUUUAUUUUGUUUGUUCUUUGUUGUUUUUUUGCAUUUUAAGGGAUGAGCACAAUGACAUACUGGCUGUGGCAGAUUGGGGGCAAAAGCUAUCCUUCUAUCAGCUGAGUGGCAAACAGGUACCAUCCCGAAUAUGGGACUUUAUUUUGCUAAUUGGGUUUAUUGUAUGCUAAGCAAUACAUUAACAAAGUUAGACACUAUGUUUGCUGUUGUCGUCUAUACCAAGAAAAGGCUAUGAUGGUUUUCCAUCUGUUGCAGAAUCACCAAACAAAAAUCACGGGUUAGCAUAGUUGUAUUGAAGUUGUAGUUCAAAUCUGUUGCAUAGCUGCAGGUUGCCUACGUGUUUUUAUUAAAGUUGCUCUGACUUUCACAAAUGGGUGCUGUAUCUUAGAAUGCUUAGCUUUGUUGGAAGAAAUGUCUACACUUUUUUUCUUUUUCUUUUUUUUUUUAAACAUCAGAAUAUGGUGUUUGUUAUUUCAUACUAUAUGUGUCUCAAAAGUGACUUUAUCAGACACCAAAUCAUCAUCAUUUGUUUUAUUUUCAUCUUAUUUUCUUUUACAUAUAUGUAUAGCUUCCUAUCUCCCAUUUUAGUUUAUCUUUAAUUUCUUUUAAUUUUUUUUAUUUUAAAUACCAAAUAUACAUACAGACUAACUAAACAGACAUUUGUUUGGUUCACAGUGUACCAAAAAAAAAAAAAAAAAAGAUAAAUAAAUAGAUAAAUCAAAUAAGCAGUCCAAGGCGAGGGGUAUCCCGGCAAACUCCUGUUUUGGGUAGGGAUUGCUAGACUAAAAGUGAGUAUAUUGCAGGAGAAAAAAAAAAUAAGAAUAAUUAAUUGUCCCGGGUCUAAUUUUUUUAUCCAUCUAUCCCAAUAACUAUAAUAGUAGCCCUUCUUUGGGGCAAAGUUCGUAAUAGCUCGUUCCAUUUUGCACUGAAAAAUGCUUUGAUGGUGAAUAUUGGCCCAGCUAUCCACCCUAGGAGACUUCCAAUUUCUGGCUAUUGAUGUUUUAACAGCCAUUAGGAUAUGAAAAAUAAUUGGUCUGAAUUCUCUAUUAAUCAGCCCCAUAUCCAUAUGUAAUAAGGCCAUAUUUGGAGUCAGAUUAAAUUUCUGUUCCAAUAAAGUAGACAAAUAUGGAUUGUGGUCUCCCAUAAGGGUCUGAUUAUCGGAUAGUCCCACCAAAUAUGUUUAAAAUCUGCGGUUGAUUCAGUACAUCUCCAACAGUUGGGGGGACUGUGGGAUACAUUUUUGCAAUUUUUUUUAGGAGUUCUAUACCAUCUGUUUAAUAUCUUAUAGUGAGUUUCAUGUAUAUUCAAACAGUGGCAGGUUUUGUAUAAUGUGUUGAGGGAGUUAUUCCAUUCUUUCAUAGUUAUAUCUAUUUUCAAAUCAUAAUUCCAUUUAAUUAUUGCCGAGGGAAUUGGUUUGAUCUGAGCCUUACAUAUUAAUUUUUGGCAUUUAUUGACUAGAUGAGUAUAGUCUGAUUGUUCAUAUAUAUCUGAAAGAAACUUGACUGAAGGUUCAAGAGGAUUAAAUCUCAAAAAUGUUUUUAAAAAGGAUAUUGCCCGUACAUAGUUAAACCAUUUGAUGGAUGGUAUACCAUAUUCAGUUUGAAGUUGUUCAAAAGAUUUUAGUGUACUUCCUCUCAGGAUACUAGAUAGCUUUUCUAUACCCUUAAGGAUCCAUGUUUCCAAAUUUAUAUUUGUCAUUAAAUUUGAUAGAAUAUCUAGAUUUAUACCAUUAAACCUAUUUUUUAUUUUUUUUUAAUUGAGACCAGGUGGGGAAAAUUUGUUGGACUAUUAGUGAUUUGGAAUUUUUAAUAAUUUGAUCUGUUUCUUUAUCUAUGAACCAUAAGAGGGAUUUAUAAUCCCUGUCUCCCGAAGUCAGGGUCUGUUCUCUUUUAUACCAAUUUUGAAUUAUAGAAUCUUCCUUGUUUACUAUUAAAACAUGUGCUAAUAGGUUGGCUUGUGCAAUAUCUUGAAUAAUUGGAAUACUUAUACCUCCUUCAUUUUUUCUCCUAGACAUAAUGUCUUUUUUUAUUCUAGGUUUUUUACCUGACCAAAUAAAUUUAGUAAAUGAUGACUGAAUUAAUUCUAACCAACUGUCAGGGAUUUUUAAAGGAAUCAUUCUCAUAAUAUAUGAAAAUUUCGGUACAAUAUAUGCUUUUAAUGUAUUUAUUUUCCCUGACCAGGAGAUUUCCCGAUUUUUAUUUUUUUUCCCCAUUUUUUAAAAUUGACGUUCAUUUGUUUAAUUACCGGUAAAAUAUUAAUUUCUAACCAUUUCUUUGGGUUUUUUGAGAUUUUUAUACCCAAAUAUUUAAAAAAAACUUUUUAACUUGUUUAAAUCCAUAUUUAUUUUCUAUAUUAUCAAUAUUAUUUUGGGGUGUAUUUAAAUAUAGUGCCGUAGAUUUUUCUGUAUUUAUCUUGUAAUUAGAAAAAUUACUAUAAUUUUGAAUGAUUUGCACAACAUGGUCAAUAGAUUCCUCAGGUUUCUUAAUAGUUAUCAAAACGUCAUCAGAAUAUAGCUUAAUUUUUUGGUUAUUAUCUCCAAGCCCUUUUAUAUCCUGAUUAGCUCUUAUAUCAACAGCCAGGGGUUCAAUCGAUAGAAUAUAUAAAAGCGGUGAUAAGGGGCAACCCUGGCGUGUACCAUUUGUAAUUCUAAACCAUUUAGAUUUAAUACCAGGGCCUAUAGUUCUACCUUGGGGAUCACUAUAUAGGGCCAUAUUGGCACUGAGUAUCUCGCCUGUAAAUCCAAAGAAUAACAGGGAUUCUCUAACAAAUGCCCAGCUGACCCUGUCGAAUGCUUUCUCGGCAUCCAAUGACAGGGUCAGCAUUGGCGUCCGUUCAUCUCUGGCCUGUUCCAGUAUUCCAGUCAUAUUUCUUGUAUGAUUAAUAGAGAGUUGUCCCGGAAUAAAGCCUACCUGGUCUCUAUGUAUUAUGUAACUAACCACUCGUUUAACUCUGUCUGCCAAUAUUCCCGCGUAUAACUUGAUGUCUUCAUUUAGUAGGGAAAUCGGUCGGUAACUGUCUACUUUGUCUGGAUUCUUUCCUAUUUUUAAUAUUGGGACAAUGUUGCCUUUAAGUAUUUCUUCUGGAAUGUUAGUUUUUAAAUGAAUUCAUUACAAGUAGUCUCUAAGUGGGGGGAUAUUUCAUUUUUAAAUAGUCUAAAGAAGAUCCCUGUGAACCCAUCUGGACCUGGUGCUUUAUUAGAUUUUAAAAUUUCUAUCCUUGUGUAUAUUUCAUGUAAAGAUACCGCAGCAUUCAAUUCCUUUAGUUGGGAUUCUGAGAUCUUUGGUAUAAUCAUGUUUUUAAAAUAAUCCUUUGGGUCUGCGUAGUUGUGGGGAAGAUUAUAUAAUUGAUGGUAAUAAUCAUUGAAAGCCUUCCCAAUUCUCUCUGGAGAUAGAAAGGUCUCACCCUUAUAUAUAAUGUUUGAGAUUUGUUUAUGUUGAAUUUCUUUUUUAAGUCUGUUGGUUAACAAUCUAUCUGCCUUAUUACCUCUAUAAUAGAAUGUUGCUUUUAAUCUUUCAAGUGUUUUGGAGACUUUCUUUAUUAGCAAAUCAUUAAUCCUAUCUUGUAGAUUAGAAAUUCUAUUGGAUAACUGCUCAGUUGGAGAUAUUUUAUUAUCUCUUGAGAGAUUAUAUAGUUGAAUUAGUGUUCAUAUUUUAAUCUUAAUAUGUGGAACAGCCUUUUAAUUGUAUAGUUUGUAGUGUCAUGGUGUUCUAUGUUGUAGUUCCUUUAAAUAUCAUAAUUAAGUGGAAGUGAAGCGCAUCAUAUUGAUUUAUUCCCCGUUGUAAUUCUUAACUUUUUUUUCCUUUCCCUUAUCAUUCCUUAUAAUUUUCCCUUUUCUUUCUUCUUUUUUCCCCCUUUCCCUUUUUCCCUUCUUUUUCUCUCUUUUUUUCCUUUUUCUUUUCUUUUCCCCCCAAGUUUAGUGAUUAUAUCAUAGUCUUAAUAUAUAAAAACUUUUUUAAAUAUAUGAUUUUUAGUGUUGUGUUAUUCCACAAUAUAAUUCCUUUUACUAUCAUAAAUAUGUGAAAGUGCGUCCUAUCAUGUUAAUCUAUUCCCUUAUUAUAUUUCUUAGCUCUUUUUGGUGCCUGUCUUAUUCCUUAUUUUUUAACUUUUUAAGUAGAAAUAGACCAAAAAUAAAUGAAUAAAUAAAUAAACAAAAGUGUAUCAAUAAAUUCCAAUUCUGUGUAAUAAAUGUGUCAAAUCUAGUGUCUCACUAAUUCUUCCCCCUUUCACUCAUCCCUUUUCUCUUUCCUUUCUUGUCCCUUCCUUCUUUUCCCCCUUCAAAAAAAAAAAUAAAUUAAUUUAAAAAAUCUUUUUCUCUUUUUUUUUCUUUUUUCCCCCUUUUUUCUUCUUAUUUAUAUUCACUUUUAGACUUUUUUAUUUUAUUUAUUUUGUUUCCCUUUUUUCUUCAUUUUCUCUUAGGCAUGUAAUAUUUUUUUUUAUUUUUUUUUGAGGCAUCACAGAUUAGUAUACUGGAUCCAUAGGGCAUGACAAAUUUCUUUCCCUUUUUUCUUUCUCCUUUUUAUGGGGAAACUCCAUUUUUAAUUGAUAUGUUUUUUUAGCAGGACUUUUAUUCAUGGAGAAUGGUGACUUUCUUCAGAUCUGGUAUGAUAAGGGUAAAUCUUUAUUUAUGUAAAGAUUUUAUCAUGCUUGAUAAAAGGAUUUAUCGUGUCAUUAUUUUUCUGUAUUUUGGUAUCAGACCUGUCUAAUGGGGAGGAAAGAGGAGAGGGAAUAGAGGAAAUAUUUAACAUAUAAAGACACAGACAGAAAACUCAUAAUUGACUCCGAUUUUUCCCUUGAGCCAUGAAGCUAGUUUUUCUGGGGAGUCGCAUAUCACUGUGCUGUAUUCAUAGGAUAUAAUUAUUUUUGUGGGGAAACCCCAUUUGUACUUUAUAUCCUUACUUCGCAGGACUUUUGUUAAUUCAGCAUAGCGUCUGCUUUCAGAUCUAGUAUAGUAAGAAAGAUCUGAAUAAAUCUUUAUUUGUGCAUAUGAAGGGAUUAGAUGAAUGUUUCUUGCUGCUUUUAAAAUCUGAUCUUUAAGUCUUGAUGAUGCGCAGCAUAUAAUAACAUUGCGUGGUUUUGAAAUGUGUAUUUCUGGAGGUUUGUAGGUCCUAUGGAAUCUCUCCAAAGCAUGAUUGUAUUUUGAUAUAUCUAUAUCAAGAGCUUUUAUGAGUUCCAGUAUAUAUGUUUCCAGUUGUUCAUGGGUAAUCGAUUCUGGUAUAUCUCUGAGUCUUAGAUUGUUCCUUCUGGUUCUAUCUUCUAGCUCAGCAAUCUUUUUAUCCAUAUUGUAGAUUCUGUCAUCUUGUUUUUUAAUUAGAACAUCCUGGAGUUGAGAAUUUUCUUUCAACUGUGUCAUGUGCAGUUCAUUUUUUGAAGUUGCAUCCUUAUUAGGUAUUGUUCUUCUUUAAUUUCUUUCAUCAUCAAAGCCUUAGUAAUGGUUUGAUCCUCUCUUUCUGCAUUGAGUGGAAUAUUUUUUUGAGUUAGAUCUUGGGUAUUAAUAAGACUUUCUUCUAGAUCUAUCCAUUUUAGGUUAGAUUUAUUGGUUUGUGGGGAAAAAAAGGAGAGUCGCUUCUCCGGUUUAUUUUCCUGUUUCUUAUCCCUCUUUGUUGUGUUAUUUGGAUCAUUCGUUUUUUUGGUUGCCAUUUAAAAGAUCUGCCCGUAGGGUAGGGAAAAAUUAGAAAAAUAAAUAAAUAAAAAAGAAGGCCCUAGAAUUCCUUGAUGGAAUCGUUAUCCAGUCUCAAAAUUGUAUCAAGUUCACUUUUAGGCUGUAAUCUUUCUCCCCUUCCCUUUCCCCUUUUUGAAUAGAUGCUUAAAUUCCUUAUUUUUAAUCAGGGGGGAAUCACCUUUCUUCUUUAAUUUAAUAGAUUUUCGAUAAUUGGUUAGGGGCACUGCUAGUCUGUAUAUCCAUUUUUCAAUAUUCCUUCCCCCCACCCCCUUUUUUUCUUUUUCUUUGGUUUUAAGUAUUUCUUUCAAUUAUAAUAAGGAAAUAGUCAGAAAAAAAAAAGAAAAAAUCCCAAUCAGGAAUUAUCUCUUAAGCUGUACAAAAUUCCUUUUAAGACUCCUUUCCUCCUCCAUUCAAUUCUCCCCCCUCCACCUGUCCCUCCUCCUACUCCCCUCAACAGAUGAUUUUAGUAUUGAUAUUGAUUUUUAAACCGUAAAAUCAUUUACUUAGAGCCAGAUAAAUAUUGUUCUUAUUAGUCGAAAAUCCUAUAGAUGUUACCAUACAUUUUUGAUCCAGACUAAGAACAGAAGCUCAUAAAUAUUAAUUAAUUGAUUAAAUAAGCAGCCAAGCAAAUGAACCAAAAUAAUUAAAUAAAGCCAAAAAAGGAAAAAUAAAAAAAUCUUAUCUAGGUUUUUUCUGUUGUAUCCGUGUAUAGUCUUCAGUUCAUGCCCUGCCUGUUGCAAUCCCUCAUUCAGUAGAAUAGAGGUUAGAAUAUCUCCGUGAGGUCUCUCUACUACUUUGAAUGUAGUCUCGCAUAGUCAGUACGGCGUUUUCCCGCUGGAGAGUAAUUCAGCUCACGCUGGUUUCCUUGGUUGGAUCAAAGCCACCUCCUCCAUGCUCCCCUUCGCUUCCUCCGCUCUUAGCGCUGCGAGCGUAACCAUGUGUUACGUCAUCGCUCCACCCCCGAACCAAAAUGUCUACCCUUUCAUUUAAUGUAGUGAAAAUAUUUCUAGUUUUAUCUUUACUCCAACAGUGUAAUGGUAGAGAAUAUGAAAAAGUACAAUGUUCUCAAACAUUUGCUAUUUUGGCAGGCAACAUGUAUAUAAAAUGGGAUCCAAAUGAAAUACUACAAAGUACGCCCAGGUCAUAUUUGUUUGAGAGAUGCAAUUUAAAUCUCCUGUUAUGUAUUGUUUCAGUUGUAACAUACAUAUUGCCAGCAAUACAAGCAGAUUUUUUUUCUUAUUUUUGGCAGCAAAUUGAUGCUUUGCUUAAGUGUGCCUAGGGAGGGAAUGGGGUGUACCUUGCUUACAUAUAGUCUAUAAAAAUGUUUACACAGUGCCUAGUUAUUAUUCUUUCACAUGUAGCUUGUAAGCUAUAUAUUUUAACUUAGCAUUGCUUGUGUUUUCCAUAGGUGGGAAAGGAUAGAACCUUGGGCUGCGACCCAUGCUGUGUCAGCUAUUUCUCUAAGGGAGAAUAUCUCAUUUUGAGCGGGUCAGACAAGCAGGUGUCCCUGUACACCAAAGAUGGGGUCCGCCUUGGAAUGAUUGGAGAGCAGAGCUCCUGGGUGUGGACUUGCCGGGUUAAGCCUGAUUCAAACUACGUGGUAAGAGAACGUGACUGGAUGUGGUGUAAGUUAGAUGGUGACCAUCCAGAAUUAACAAUUACCAUGGCUGCAAUGUUUUCUAGGUGGUUGGAUGUCAAGAUGGGACACUUGCUUUCUACCAGCUUAUAUUUAGCACAGUCCAUGGUCUCUACAAGGACCGCUACGCCUACAGGGACAACAUGACAGAUGUCAUAGUGCAACACCUCAUCACUGAGCAGAAAGGUAGGUGUCUUCCCUGUCCAAGUGCUUAAAUAGGGGUCUGGGUCCAUUCUGGGGACCACACCCUGUAACGGAUCGACGGGCACCCCGACUGGGUACCUCCGUUGAUGGAUGCUCCUAGCGCUUCCUGAGGGCUCCAAGCACUCCAGCCGACACCAUAACCACCGUAGACUCCUCCAGAGAGCAAGGCAGGAACAAGCUCUUACAAGAGCUUAGUAGUGAUUUAGCAAGGGAGAAUGCAGAGCAUAGCAAUCCCUUGUAGCAGAUCCCCCAAUAAGAGAUAAGACUCCAAAUUGAGUGUGAAGUAGAACUGAAGCUUUUAAUCAAACACUCUGUUUUUAUGCCCAUUUUACAAACAUAGUACUGCCCACAGGGUUUUGAAGAACAAACCAAUCAAUACAUUACAACACAGCUAAACGCUCCCAUUCAUACCAGCAGAAAUCCUCCCCUCUGCCUGUGAUACAAUUACUGAACACAAUGGGCUAACGUAAUUAUCACAGGCAGGAAAUUCACAGUUUUACACAAUAUUCAUAACUUUAAAAGUAUACAUCACAUUCACAUAAAACUCCAAAUACAAACAUACUAUAUAAAAAAAUCAGACAAUUCCUUCCAUUGAUUUAAAAGUUAGGUCGAAGCAUGGCUUUCCAGCCAAAACCAGUUCCACAGAGUCCUCUAUCCUGGAGAUAAUUGGCUUAACUGGGUGUGGUAAGCCAACUAUCUCCAGGUACAGAAAAUGUCUCUAUUCACAACAACAGCAAAAAUACACAAAAAUACAUCAUUCCUAUCAUACUGAACAGAACCCCCACAUUCAACCUAUCCCCAGAUGGCUUGGAUCUGAGAGCUCAAUAUAUCCAAACAGCGCUCAGAUCCCACAAACACAGUCAAACCGCCAUGGGGUUUAAGUCUAGCAUGAUGAGAGGGUCCAUAGUCAUGAGGCAGGAGGCUGGCAAUCAGGCUUCUCCAUAACCCAGUGGCGAAGUUAGUUUCGCCACACACCCCUUAAUAGGAAUACCAAUAGAACAUUUUGUGGUAAAGAACACAACAAAAAAACGCCUUUACCUUCACUCAAAGUCUGAUAGGUUUACGACCAGCAAGAUCAUGGUGGAAGCUUUACUUGUGCAUUAUCUAUGUCAAUCUACCCACAUUAGGAUGGCAAUGAGAGAAUGUAUGCUGUGAGCUAAGCCAUCUCUAAGCUAAUCACUCCAAACUUAUUAUUGUUGUUAAAAUAACUAUAGAUACUUAUGGAUAAUCCAUAACUAAAAACUGCAUUGUUGUGUGUUUUAUCGAAAAGCUAUAAUGUAUCAUGUAUACCUUACUUUUGUGGCAAAGCCCAUUAAUGAUUGUAAAUCAUUACUACUCUCCAGGGGUCAGGCUAUAUGUUUUAAGACCCUCAAAUAUGACCAUUAUGUGACCGUCACAUAGACAUUAGACCUCGGGAUUCUGUUUAUUAAAUGGUUAAAAGCAGGUGUUAGUCCAGCAGGCAUCUGCAAAUCUAGGGAUUAAAUAAAUUGAUUGGAGUUUAAGUCAAGGGCCCUUUAAUUACUUUAACCACUCUAGUUUUUUUUGUAUCUUUCUAUCACCACUCUCCAGGUUGGCCAGAAUUGCACUUGAUAUUGUGCGAGAGUGGUUUCUAUAUUAUCAGUGCAGUUGUAGAGGGGUCAUUCUGUGGUUGCAAAUGGAAGCUAAGGGCUUUUUGUUAGACCACUUCAGUGUCUCUAUACUUAUUGCAGCAUGACCAUUAUAAUGAGAUGGUGAUUAGAAUGCUAAUUUAAAGGCCAGGACAGUACAGUUAGCUGGAAGAUCCCUCUUCCUGUGGCCUUCUUGCAUGCACUGACUGCUAACAUAUCAACCAUAUAAUGCUGCAGUGCAUGCAGAUCAUGAAGACAACAAUGGAUUGUCAAUAAUAAAAUAUCUAGCCUGACUUAAAUGUUUACUUGAAACUCAAGAUAUAUGUCCCUUUUUUUCAGUACGAAUUAGAUGCAGGGAGUUGGUAAAGAAAAUUGCCAUCUACAAGAACAGACUGGCCAUCCAGAUGCCUGAGAAAAUCCUCAUCUAUGAGCUGUACUCUGACGAUGUGUCUGAUAUGCAUUAUCGUGUCAAGGAUAAGAUUGUUAAAAAGUUUGAAUGCAAUCUCCUGGUGGUGUGUUCUCAGCAUAUCAUUGUAUGUCAGGUCAGUAUACUCCCUCUGCCAAGCAACUGUGUGUACAUUAACACCACAUAUAACAUUUGGCUCAACAUUACUUAUCACAUUUAAAUCAAGCCAAUGCUCCGAUGUAUCUAGCUAUGCACGUCUUCACUGAGAGGGGUUUAGUAUUACUGGAAAAACCAGGCCAUGGCCACAAUUGACGUGUUUUAAUUUCAACAGCUCAUCAUCUCAACUUUAUAUUUUAACAACUGCUAAAUGCAACUCCUAAAGCUGGUAAUGGACUUCAGGCUACACCCCUUCCUGGUCACCUUUACUAACAGUUAAACUAGUGGCAUCCGUGCUUAGCAGUUGCUAGAACAGCAUGGGAGUGUGGCCUUCCAUUUAUAAUUUGUAGCUCGUACUUAUGGUUAUGGUGUUAAUGAUAAUACGAAAAAUAUGUGGUAAGAGUUACAACAUAACCUUUAAUUAGAAAAUAUAUUAAAAAGUAUGUCCUAUUAGAUACUAAUCAUAUUUGUUGCAAUACACUAUUAAGAACCACCAAAUGGUAAAACAUCUGAUCAACCUAAUAUAAUUCAAAAGGGCAACCUCUAACUCAGUGUGCAAGUACAGAAAGUAGACUAAAACCCAAUCUCUUAAGAGAUGGUUAUGGAUAAAGGACCGAACCUGUAAAAUAGGUGGAUAAUAAUAAUCUAGUAUAGAGAAAAAAUCUAAUAUAGUCAGAAAGUUAUGAUAAAAUCACUUAAAUAUAGUCUGAUAGUUAUUAGAAAAACACUCAGAUAAAGAACCAGCCUGUGAUGAAGAUGGUUAAAACAUUCCAGAUUUGUAAAAAUGAUAUAUACCCCGUAGUUGUCCCAAUGUAAUCCACUCUGCUACUUUACCAUCCCUAUUUAUGCCUCAAGGAUAUAACUCAACAAUAACCAAAAAUCAGUUCAUCACUAUUUUGUGUGAUAAUGACCACUAUGGGUCACACAAGUAUAAAUAGUUUUUUUAAGUUAUUAUAGGCAUUAUAAUGUUUUGCAUGCAGCUAUACGUACCUACCACUAGGAGUCACUAUCCACUCAGAGUUAUACGGAUAUAAGUCAAACGAAUUGAAUACUGGAAGCCACCUAAGUAACUCUUAAGUUGAAUAGUAUUUAUUUAUUUAUAAAAUAUUUUACCAGGAAGCAUACAUUGAGAUUUCUCUUGUUUUCAAGUAUGUCCUGGGCCCACAUACACUGCAUUGUUAAUAGCAAAGCACAUAGACAGGAGGGACAUAUAGUUAUACAAGAAAAACAGGAGCAAGCUUCCCUAGUGAGGGGGAGGGCAGAUUGGCUGUUCCCUAGUCCUAGUCUAGUUGUAGUGCUUAAGCAUCCAUUCCUUCAUGCAUUACAAGCAGGACUUCCAUUAUUUUGCUCUUUUGCCUUGAGAUUUACUGCGCUGUAUUUGUUCAGACGUAUAUUAUUAUUAUUAUAAUAUUUAUAUAGCGCCAACAAAUUCCGUAGCGCUUUACAGUGGGUGGACUAACAAACAAGUAAUUGUAACCAGACAAGUUUAAAGCACAGAAACAGAGAGAUUGAGGGCCCUGCUCUAUGAGCUUACAUGCUAAAGAGAGUGGGGUAAAGUGAGAGAAGAGGAAAGGGAAGUAUUAGGGAAGUAGAUUGGUAGAAUAGUAUUCAAUGAAGACUUAGUGUGGUGCCUAUCAAUCUGUACAGUAGAUAAAACUUAAGAACCAUUCUGCAACUCUCUUUUUGGCUGGGCGAAAAUCAUGACAAAUGCAGUUGAGACGUGUGUGGCUGUGAUUAGCUUUUAUGAGUAAAACUAUAGGCAAGGAUGGACUUUUACAUCUAAUAAAAACCUACUGGACAAUCUCUCUGAGAUAUUACUGCCAUCUCCUAGUCCUUACAUAAGGACUCUAAUAAGAGACUCUAAGUUGGAUAUCUUUGCUGUGUUGGAUAUCUUUGUUCCUUUUUAUGUUUUUACAUGUGGGAUGUGAGCUCUGUUUGGGAAAGUGUUUCCAGGAAGGGUGAUACAUUAGUGUAAAACCACAAAGUCAGCUAGAUAUAUUGGUGGUAGUAAAGAGAUAGUUACUUAGUAGUUGAAUUAGCAAUUAAAUGUAUAAUUUAUCAAUAUGUUAUCCCUGUGUGUCAUGACAUAUAGAGGACUUCAAGAUAUUUUGGUACAGGAGAGAGCUUCACUUUAAUCACUUUAGACUGUUUAUUUGAAGGUGCAAUAAAUCUCCAUUUUUGAUUAGACAUGUGGUUAGUUUGUUAUUGUUACAUAGGUUAUAUUAUCCAUAUAGUAUCAAUAAUGCCUAUUAUACUCUAUGUGCUCUAAGCCUCCCUGUUUAUUGUAUGCAUUGUGAUAAAUCUUUUUUUGUAUUGUCUCAGGAGAAGCACUUGCAGUGUUUGUCCUUCAAAGGUGUGAAGGAGCGUGAGUGGAUGAUGGAGUCCUUGAUCCGGUAUAUUAAGGUUAUUGGAGGUCCAUCUGGAAGAGAAGGCCUUUUGGUGGGGUUAAAGAAUGGACAGGUAAGCUUACACAAGCCAUUCUUGUACAGAAUUGUUUACAAGCUACACAUUCAUUUCACAAACACGUUACUCGUAGAAGAAAAAUAAUACAAAGAAAAAAGACAUUUUAUGAAGCUAGUUUUCCAAUUCUUACAGUGGUCCUGAUUGAAUACUGAACAAUCUGGUAAACCAGAAUAGUUCACCAAAACACAUUUGGACACAUGGUAACGUGUUCAUCUCUCUGCAUGCACAUACUCUUACGCAGUUUAGAGGCUACAAACUUGUAUCUCAUCAGAGACACAUAUGUGCUCCAUCCUGACUCCUCUGUUACCAGACACGACCAUCACGUUUUAUAUUGUACAUAAGGACAGGUGCCCAUGUUUGAAGCACAGAUUCCCACCUUUUGCUACAGCCCAUAUUCAUGUUUGAAGAUUCCUGAGGUUAAUGAGAGUAGUCAGCAUAUUGUGGACUUGCCCAAGAGCUUACAAUCUAAAAACGUAUUGCACUGCAAUUGAUUACAAAGCCUGCCUAUAAGGAUAAUAAAUAAAAAAUAUUACGUUUAAACCAUAAUUUGAGCUGUACAUUUGCUAUUUUAAUGUGUAUACAUGUACCUUAUUCAAAACAUUUUAAUAAUUUACAUUAAUUCAAAUUCACAUUAACAAAUCUAUAAAAAUACAUAAUAUGCAGAUAGCUGUAAAUAUUAUUCUUGUAACAAAGUGCAGGAAAAAGACACAAAGGAUGCAGAUAGGGGUUGAGCUUCUGGAGAACAUGUGAUAGCAAAAAAGACAAACAAACCAUUCCAAAAAAUGAUAAAACUAACCGUAUACUGAAGGAGUUGGCCUGUUUAGCAUGAUUACUGAAAUGACAAGCAGAUGGCGCUGUGUGUUCAUUACAUCUCACUGCCUGGCGAUGUACUAACAUUUACACUGGUUCAUAACUCAAAGCUGUAUUCAUAUAAAAUUGCUGGAGCUUAAUGUUAUUUUUUUUUGCUUUUCUUUAUAACCAUAGUGUUAGAUGGAAAUUUCACCCUGGGCAAUUUGCCUUUUAAAGGAACAGUGUGAACCCCAUGAUAAGUGGUUAUAUUACAAGACUUUUGUGUAUUCCCCCAUUUUUGAGUGGUAUGACAUAGACUGGGUGUCUUCAAGCCCCCAAAAUCAUUCAAAAACCUUCCAACCAUGGAGCAAUGAUGGGCUGCAAAUGCUGAGAGCAGUUUAGUCUAGUAGGCAGAGCAUAUCAUUGCUGUCUAUCAGAGGCAGCAAAGGGGACAGGCUUUGGGUGUUGAGAGAGACCAAGUUUUUUUUUUUUUUAAACUGCUUAAAUAGCCUGUCAAAAAACAAAGGUUAAAACAACAACCCAAGUAACCAUGAAAAAAAUUGUAGUGGUUAUUGUGAUUAGUGUGUGAAUUUCAAGGGAAGAAUGGAUCAUGAAAAGGGCCAAAAGAUCAAUGGCAUUUGAGUUAAAAAUUGCAUAAUAAAUUAUAAAACUAAAAAAUAUAAUUUAAUAUAUACGUGGUUAUAGCACAUUCAUGGGCAUAUGUACAAAUUACAUGACUUAUAUGACAUUCUGCUGUGCGGUUUCACUGCUUUACUUUGUACAUCCUGUGAUAACUGUGGGUCAUGCACACGGCACACCCCACACACAUAACAUUUUGGGAUUGUACUUCAAGCAUUGUAUGAGAAAUUAAUUGGUAAAAGUCUGCCCUAUUAUAAGAUCACUUCAUCCACUGUUUCCCUUGUGUCCUCAUUGUCAUAGUCUUUCUCCCCUGCUUCAGAUCUUAAAGAUAUUUGUUGACAACCUGUUUGCCAUCACGCUGCUCAAACAGGCGACAUCUGUACGGUGUUUGGAUAUGAGUGCCAGUCGAAACAAACUUGCUGUGGUGGAUGAACACAAUACUUGCCUAGUGUAUGACAUCACAACAAAGGAUCUCCUGUUCCAGGUGAGUAAUACUCAUUCCUCUGUCUUAACAAGGUUCUUACACCGACACAAAAUACAUGCAUGUUUUCUUUUGAAGUAUUUGAAAUCUUUGAUUGCAAUAACUGCAGAUUAAAGGGACACUAUAGUCACCCAGACCACUUCAGCUCAAUGAAGUGGUCUGGGUGCCAGGUCCCUCAGGUUUUAACCCUUCACAUGUAAACAUAGCAGUUUCAGAGAAUGUUUACAUAGCAGGGUUAAUCCAACCUCAAGUGACUGUCUUCCUGAAGGGGUUUUAACCACUUCAGUGCCACAGGAGGGGGACCCUAAGGGUGAGGAUCCCCCCAUGGAUGACAUAGGGUCAGGAAAACAGUUUUUUUUUCCUGACACUAUAGUGAUCCUUUAAGUAUAUGCAGCUACUGCAAGCCCUCCCGUUCUAGCCUACUGCAUACUUUCUCAUCUGUUCCAUGGAAUAAUCAUAAUAACCAACUGCAUAUUUGCACAUCUAUCCAUUCACAGACUUCUCAAUAAGCUGUGCUACAAGCCUUUGAGUGGCAGUUGCUCUACGCAAGAGCCUGUCUUCGAGUUUUGCUUCACAGAGCUGAACUGCCAGGAAGAAACACCCCCAGCUGUUAAACGGGUCACGGAGAUGUGCUUUAUGUGUUUUUUUUGUUGUUGUUGUUUUUUUGUUUGUUUUUUAAAUGUAACCUCCAACUGUACAGCCUCUUACAGUCUCAGUUAAGUAUUUUUUCCCUCCAAUUUCAGCCCCCUUUACCUCAAAUAUUUAAAUAUUUGCGGCGCUGGAUCCUCUUGCCAGCCUCAGCCAUCUUCUAGUUAAUGGCCGUGACAUAGCUUCACAGUCUUUACCUGCCCAAAGUAUGCGAUUUGAUCACCAAUAUUAUAUUAUUAUAUAGUCAUGCAAGGUGAUUUUGCGAGGCAAAAGAGGAAGUACUGGGUUUGAAGGUGAGUAUUGUGAGAGAACUUGACUCACCAAAGGAGGUGGAGCUUGCCUUAAGCUCCACCCUUUGCCAAGAUUGUCAAGCAUAGGAAAAAUAUAUAAGACAAAGUAGUCGUUUGUUUUUAAAGAGAAAUAGAUCAGAAAGGAAGAAAAGAAGAACAGAUUCUGGAAGUGAAGAGGGAAGAAAGGAUUGUUUGGGAUUGCAGAGCCACUUUGCAGUGGACAUCUCACUUGUUUUUGGGGGGGUUUAUAUUUUCAGCAAAAAAAUAUAGAAAGUGACGAAUUUUCAUACAUUAUAAAAUAUACAUGUUUUGAGUUUAUGAUUUGCUAGAAAAUAUUCUCCAAGUCAGCUGUUUUUCCAACUUUGCUACUUUAGAAAAAUUAGCAAAAUUUGUAAAAUUAGCAAAAUUAGUAAUAUUGCCAAAUCCUUGGAGAAUUUAAAGGAAACCUUUAGGCACCAUAACGUCUUCAUCUCAUUAAAAUUGUUAUGGUGUCUGGAGUACCCUUACGCUAUCUUUCCUUUUAACUAUUAACUCGUUUACUUAAGAUGUGUCCCCAGGUGCUAGUCUCUACCUUCCUAUUUCUGGGGUAAUGCAGAUGCAUAAAUGUGAACAGUGAGGCGGCAGCUGUGAUUGGCUGAGACUUUAGCUGGCAGCCGUAGCGUAUACCUGGCUGCCUAAUGCGAGUAGUCCAUGUAGAAUAGGAGAGGGAGAGACUUGCGCCUAGGGACACAUACAAGAACACUUAAAGCAUAUGGAGAGUCCAUACUCCAAAACAACUUAAUUUAGACAAAGUAGUUAUGGUGUUGGAAGUAUCCCUUUAAGACAAUUUACAGUUUAGUGGGUAAUCCUAAAAUACAUUAUUAUUAUUAUUAUCAGCAUUUAUAUAGUGCAAACAUUCCGCAGUGCUUUACAAUAUUAUAAAGGAUGAAAUUUAACAAUAGAUGAGACAAUUACAAAAUGUUACAGUAGGUUAAUGAUGACCCUGUUUAAAAGAGCUUAGAAUUGAGAAACCUUGUUAAGAACAGUUCAGUUAUAUGUCUGCUUUGUAGGUAUGAUGAAAAUACCUCCUCAUACUGGCAUUCAUUGCUGUUAUGCAGAUAAGAUUUAAUUCAAGUGUAGAAUCAGGAUUGUGAAUGUGUGCAUGUCUCUAUAAAAUACAUUUGACAUUCAUGGUCUGUAACCUUUUUUAGGAGCCCAAUGCUAACAGUGUGGCAUGGAAUACACAAUGUGAGGACAUGCUCUGCUUCUCUGGAGGGGGAUUCCUGAACAUUAAAGCCAGUAACUUUCCUGUACACCAGCAGAAAUUACAAGGGUUUGUGGUGGGUUACAAUGGAUCCAAGAUAUUCUGUCUGCACGUUUACUCCAUGUCUUCUGUGGAUGUGCCCCAGGUAUGGUAAUCUUUAGAGAAUUAAGGUAUUGACUGCUGUGGUGUGCCUUGUUUGAAAGUAUGAUUUCUGAUGCAACUGGCUACCGUUUGUCGUACAGCAUAAGCUACGUUGUGCAGUGGCAUUUUGGUACAUACACAGGUCAAGCCAUCUCUGUUCUCUUCAUUGUCACAACUGAGAUGCAGCUGGGUAUUAAUUAAUAGGGUUUAAAAUUUCAACCCUAUGCUUCUAAUCAGACCUUAAAUGUUACUCGCCAUUGCAAGCCUGAAGGGUGCAUGGCACAGUCACCAGUGAUGAAUAUUCACUUGCCAUUGGCUAGUGGGUGAGUGGAAAUUCUGAGCCCUAAUAAUGAAUACCAAUAUUUUUUAAUCUCACUAUUUUAGAGAGGGAGUUAGUGAGUGGGGUACUGUGUCUUUGGUUUUCCGUACAGUGCUAGGUUCAUAAUGAAAGAGUUCUUUCACUGAUAUUUCUGGGUGACAUGCAGGACAUGAAAGGUUGGCUGCCUGCCAUUCACAAACUUCAAUGUGGGUGGUGUGUGCAUGUCUCUCUCUGUGUGCUUCUGUCUGUAUAUAUGUGCCUACUCAACUGUGUUGAAAAAAAUUCCCAAGACAGGAGGGGAUAGAAUUUUGUAGAUGAUGCUUCAUUUCAUAUACCAGGCUGAAAACUGAUAGGUCUUGUAGUCAAGUGGACAUCCAAGUUAUAGACCCCCAAAUUUACAGAUGAAAAAGAAAAUAUGCAAAGUUGGUGGUGGCACACAAUACUCCAUCUCCCAGAUGGUGGUGACUUAAAUAGCCCUCACUCACCAUUUAGGUAGGUAUUUGUGGUACAUUCAGACAUGCAAGCAGAGGUUCAUACUCUGCUGUUGAGGGACAUAUGGAUGGAGCUUUUGUUGGGCUGUACUACAGCACGACUCAGAAUAUCUCAGCACCAUACUACAUGCAUUUACAUUCCUUGACAUAAUUCCUGUAGCCAGCAUCUGGUGUCUUGUUACCCGGAGAGAGAAUAUACAUUUCAAUGCUGGGUAUUUUCUGGGAUUUCAGUGAACGGUCAGAAUUAUGAUUUGCAGGGCUUCUCUAAUUAUGUAUCGGGACUCAGUCGCCCACUAUAUAUUUUAUUUACACCUAGCCAUUGGUGAGGGAAAAUUAAUCCCUAGUGAGCGUGCCAUGGACCAGGCUUGCAUCAGUAAUGUUUAUGCUUCUCUAGUAGCAUAGGGCAUGACAUUUUGAGCCAUGUAUAUAUUAUUAUUAAUAUCAUGAUUAUUCUCUUGAACAUGGUUUCUUUACAAUGGAUACCUGACAUACAGAAUCUGACAGGGUGCCUCUGAAAGCCAGACUAAAUGAGCUGCUAGUUUAUAUCAUGUAGUGGACUCCCACCACAUAAUUAGCUGCUUUCAUAUGAAUUUUCCUGCAGCCAUUUGAAUAUUUAUUUACAUUGACUAAAAACAUAACCAGUAGGAUUAUGAGGAUUGCAGUUAGAGCCCUAUGUUCCCAUCCUUGGUGCAAUGAGUUGGAUAUUUGCUGAUCUUCAUGUUUCCCUGUUCCUCAGUCUGCACCCAUGUACCAGUACCUGGAGAGGAAGAUGUUCCGAGAGGCCUAUCAGAUUGCUUGUCUCGGGGUCACUGACCUGGACUGGAGAGAUCUAGCAAUGGAGUCUUUGGAGGGGCUGGAUUUUGAGACUGCAAAAAAGGUGAUGACUAGUUUCCUUUUUCACUGGUGCUGUGUCUGACCUCACAUGCUCUGUUUGUUUGCUUUUCCAGGUUUAGGGUCUCAGGCAUAUCCUGCAAUUCACAGUGUUAUCCUGUCUGGGAUAUGAAUGGAAAAUCCGCUGACAGUAAUGAGCAAAGUGUCACAGACACCCAAACAUUGGCAAUGUGUGGACCUGCACAGAGUGCCAAACCAAUAACCCACCAGUAACCCAUUCACACUCUCUAAUAAACUGACACUCACACCAGUAACCCAUUCAUACUCUCUAAUAAACUGACACUCACACCAGUAACCCAUUCAUACUCUCUAAUAAACUGACACUCACACCAGUAACCCAUUCAUACUCUCUAAUAAACUGACACUCACACCAGUAACCCAUUCAUACUCUCUAAUAAACUGACACUCACACCAGUAACCCAUUCAUACUCUCUAAUAAACUGACACUCACACCAGUAACCCAUUCAUACUCUCUAAUAAACUGACACUCACACCAGUAACCCAUUCAUACUCUCUAAUAAACUGACACUCACACCAGUAACCCAUUCAUACUCUCUAAUAAACUGACACUCACACCAGUAACCCAUUCAUACUCUCUAAUAAACUGACACUCACACCAGUAACCCAUUCAUACUCUCUAAUAAACUGACACUCACACCAGUAACCCAUUCAUACUCUCUAAUAAACUGACACUCACACCAGUAACCCAUUCAUACUCUCUAAUAAACUGACACUCACACCAGUAACCCAUUCAUACUCUCUAAUAAACUGACACUCACACCAGUAACCCAUUCAUACUCUCUAAUAAACUGACACUCACACCAGUAACCCAUUCAUACUCUCUAAUAAACUGACACUCACACCAGUAACCCAUUCAUACUCUCUAAUAAACUGACACUCACACCAGUAACCCAUUCAUACUCUCUAAUAAACUGACACUCACACCAGUAACCCAUUCAUACUCUCUAAUAAACUGACACUCACACCAGUAACCCAUUCAUACUCUCUAAUAAACUGACACUCACACCAGUAACCCAUUCAUACUCUCUAAUAAACUGACACUCACACCAGUAACCCAUUCAUACUCUCUAAUAAACUGACACUCACACCAGUAACCCAUUCAUAUCUCUAAUAAACUGACACUCACACCAGUAACCCAUUCAUACUCUCUAAUAAACUGACACACACCAGUAACCCAUUCAUACUCUCUAAUAAACUGACACUCACACCAGUAACCCAUUCAUACUCUCUAAGUAAACUGACACUCACACCAGUAACCCAUUCAUACUCUCUAAUAAACUGACACUCACACCAGUAACCCAUUCAUACUCUCUAAUAAACUGACACUCACACCAGUAACCCAUUCAUACUCUCUAAUAAACCGACACUCACACCAGUAACCCAUUCAUACUCUCUAAUAAACUGACACUCACACCAGUAACCCAUUCAUACUCUCUAAUAAACUGACACUCACACCAGUAACCCAUUCAUACUCUCUAAUAAACUGACACUCACACCAGUAACCCAUUCAUACUCUCUAAUAAACUGACACACACCAGUAACCCAUUCAUACUCUCUAAUAAACUGACACACACCAGUAACCCAUUCAUACUCUCUAAUAAACUGACACUCACACCAGUAACCCAUUCAUACUCUCUAAUAAAAUGACACUCACACCAGUAACCCAUUCAUACUCUCUAAUAAACUGACACUCACACCAGUAACCCAUUCAUACUCUCUAAUAAACUGACACUCACACCAGUAACCCAUUCAUAUUCUCUAAUAAACUGACACUCACACCAGUAACCCAUUCAUACUCUCUAAUAAACUGACACUCACACCAGUAACCCAUUCAUACUCUCUAAUAAACGGACACUCAUACCAGUAACCCAUUCAUACUCUCUAAUAAACGGACACUCACACCAGUAACCCAUUCAUAUUCUCUAAUAAACUGACACUCACACCAGUAACCCAUUCAUAUUCUCUAAUAAACUGACACUCACACCAGUAACCCAUUCAUAUUCUCUAAUAAACUGACACUCACACCAGUAACCCAUUCAUACUCUCUAAUAAACUGACACUCACACCAGUAACCCAUUCAUACUCUCUAAUAAACUGACACUCACACCAGUAACCCAUUCAUACUCUCUAAUAAACUGACACUCACACCAGUAACCCAUUCAUACUCUCUAAUAAACUGACACUCACACCAGUAACCCAUUCAUACUCUCUAAUAAACUGACACUCACACCAGUAACCCAUUCAUACUCUCUAAUAAACUGACACUCACACCAGUAACCCAUUCAUACUCUCUAAUAAACUGACACUCACACCAGUAACCCAUUCAUACUCUCUAAUAAACUGACACUCACACCAGUAACCCAUUCAUACUCUCUAAUAAACUGACACUCACACCAGUAACCCAUUCAUACUCUCUAAUAAACUGACACUCACACCAGUAACCCAUUCAUACUCUCUAAUAAACUGACACUCACACCAGUAACCCAUUCAUACUCUCUAAUAAACUGACACUCACACCAGUAACCCAUUCAUACUCUCUAAUAAACUGACACUCACACCAGUAACCCAUUCAUACUCUCUAAUAAACUGACACUCACACCAGUAACCCAUUCAUACUCUCUAAUAAACUGACACUCACACCAGUAACCCAUUCAUACUCUCUAAUAAACUGACACUCACACCAGUAACCCAUUCAUACUCUCUAAUAAACUGACACUCACACCAGUAACCCAUUCAUACUCUCUAAUAAACUGACACUCACACCAGUAACCCAUUCAUACUCUCUAAUAAACUGACACUCACACCAGUAACCCAUUCAUACUCUCUAAUAAACUGACACUCACACCAGUAACCCAUUCAUACUCUCUAAUAAACUGACACUCACACCAGUAACCCAUUCAUACUCUCUAAUAAACUGACACUCACACCAGUAACCCAUUCAUACUCUACAUUAAUCUGACCAAUGCAUCAGUUAUUAAUUAUUACACUCCAUUUAUCAAAAACACACGCAAAACUCAUCCACUGGAUAAACACACCCACAAAGGAACCAUUCGCAGUCUGCACUGUUUUGACUAUUGCAUCAGUAACCCAUUCACACACUACACUCCACUAAAAUGUAGUGAUACACACAAACACACCAACAACCUAUUUAUUCACUCAGCAGGGAUUCACUGGUAAAACAAUGAUUCCUCUUCCAACAUUUAUUAGCUUGCUCUAACUACAUAUCUUACACGGAAAACAUAUAUUACUAGAGUUUACAACAAAACAAAACACCAAGAGCACUAUGCAAGGUGUUUAAAUUUCCUGUAACAGUGCAAUUUUUUUUAUAACCCUACUCAAGUGCAAUACUAUAUGAAAUUCGCAAAUUCAGUUAUUAUAUUCACAAUAGCCACACGUUACAGUGUUCAACUUACAAUUAAUUGUAAUACUAAACACAGUUAUUUUCCUAUCAUUGGAAAUAUUCCACAUACACCUGAAAAGUGUGAAUACACUUUAUAGGUCAGACCCUCUGUGUUAACAGAUCUUAUACCCCUUUUAUAAAUCCCUUUAAAAUGAUACUCACAUCUACUAGAGCCCCGUCUGCUUAUCUCUGGGUUUAAGUAGCUCUGGUGUGAGAGAGAACAUUUCCCACAGACGAAAUAUCCAUACUUCUUGAUCUUCCAGCACUAAAUGGAGAGAGACCAGAAAAAGCUAUACAUUUACUAGAAAAUCUUCUCCACUAGAAAAAAUAUUCUCCACAAUUUUAGCAUAAAUAGUGUUUUUCUUAUUUAUUUAUUUUCGAUUCACUGUACAUUAAACUAUUAAUGUGCUGGUGUCUGCUGCCAGUGUCCAUGUUUUCUUUAGUUAAUGGGUUCUUACCUACUAUUUUUCAAUUGUUUACUUAUGUGUACUUUGAGGGGCUGCUUAGAUGUGCCCUUCGUCUGUCUCUGUUGUGUUUUCACAACAUAGACAUAUUUAUCUUCUUCUUUACUAAUUGUCUUCUUUACUGUGUAUCUUUAUUUUUUGUUGUUGUUGUUUAUUAGGCAUUUAUACGUGUGCGUGAUCUGCGCUACCUGGAACUCAUCCACAGCAUUGAGGUAACAAGCCGCACAAUGAAAACAAAAUAUUUACCAGUCAGGGAACAUAUUGGUUGUGAUCGUUGGUGUGACCUAUAUUGCACACAAUCCUGUCCCCUUCAGGAACAAAUCAUAGGUAAUGUAGUUCACAUUCAAGUGCAGUUCCAGGAUUCGCCAUAACUGAUAUCUCUCAGAAUUAGGCAACAUGUACUACAUGGAAGUAAUACUUCCAUUAGCUUUGCCAGUACCCUUGUUUAUACUAAACAUUUCAAAAGUAUGUUUCUUUCACUUAAGGGGUUAAUGGCUUUUAAAUACCACAUUGUUUUUUUUCUGCAGUAAGCCUAGACAGGAGAUUUCAUAGUGCCCCCUAGAGGCAGCUACUGGGAGAGGCACAAUUUAUUGUGCAGAUUUUUCCCUUUUCCUUCCUCUAACUGUGUUUUCAGGGGGUUACAUACUUUGCAAUUAUCCUUAUUUCCUGCAAGGUAAAGUAUUUUUGCCAUUUCCCCCCAUUUGCAUGAGCAGUGUAAUGUGUUAUACCUAACCCUUUCAGUGGAAGACCUAAUUAAUGCCUCACUCACACAUCUGGCACUCCCUAAAACCUUUACCUUCUAAACUUUGUGUUUGAAAAUCCCCUUGGAUUUAGCCCAUAUUUGCAGCUUGCUAUCAGCCACUGGAAUCUACAAUUUCAUACUUUCCAGUAUAAACAGGAUUUACGGUGCUUCCAGUUGCAGAAGAAAGAGUUAAAGUUAUUGCUAACUGUGUGGGGGUGUUGUAUGUCAGAGCUCUUGCAGGAUUUAUUUUGUAACACCUCUCUUGCCUUUCAUAAAGGGGUGGGAAUAAAUACUGUCUUGUAAUUUAUUGUGUCUGGCACUUGUCAGCACCUAGAUCACUCUACCCCUGACUCUGCAAAGCCUCUUUCACCCCAGAUUCUACGUCUGGCACAUUUGUUUGGAAUUAGACUCAGUCCCCAAAAUCUUUACCUAGUUAUCCAUUUGUUAAAGGGCCCUGUAGACAUAUGUACUAACCUAUAUAGAAUCCCUUAUUCUGAACACGAAGUGCACUGUUUUAAAGUGCACCUGUUGUCCAUGUAAUCUGUGUGCUGUUUCUGAUUAGUGCAUUGUGGAUGAUUUAUAAAAGUAUUUGUGUAAGAAAGGUGAAUCUUUUAUCUGUAACAUUCCAUUGGUUCCACUACUACACAAAGUGUACUACAAAGUCUAGUGACAAAAUGAUUAUAGCACAUAUGUUCACCUAUUUAUUUGGGUAUUGUGGGACUUGUCUUUGAUUUAAUAAGCUGUCCUUCUAUGCUUCAUAAUGAUUUACACACUGUCCUGGGGGCUUAAGCAGGUGGUAUCCAUUUCCUCAGGGGGGAUCAAGAGAAUUGAAGACAGCAUUAUAGAUAUCUCCGACAUGUCAUGUUCAUGAUAUACUGUAUUUUAUUGUACUGUCUUGCUGCUGAGAUCAACAUCCACUUUUCUGGCCAAUAAUUGCAGGAACGAAAAAAACGAGGAGAAACCAAUGAUGAUUUGUUCCUGGCCGAUGUGUAUGCAUAUCAGGGCAAGUUCCAUGAGUCAGCCAAAUUGUACAAGAAGAGUGGGCAUGAAAACCGGGCCCUUAAUAUGUACACUGACCUACGUAUGUUUGAGUAUGCCAAGGUAAGUCACUAAAGUACUCAUUCAAGGGUGGAAUACAAAAUAGUGAUGGCUGGUUCAACCUUCUAUAGAAUUAUGCUUGUUGAGCUUAUACUACCUGGAGAGGCCAUCAAAAAGAUAUUUAGAUUUAAACUUAGAAAGCUGGAUUGUGACAGCAUAUAAAAAUCCAAUUGACAAAUAUAAUCCGAUUUUUCCUAUACAUUUUUUUUCUUGCUUUUUAUUUCUUUCCUUCUCAGUGUGUCUGUACAAAGUGAUAUUAUAUGAUGGGAAUAAUUAAUAUUAUGAUAUCCAGUGAGCUGCCUCUCCCCUAGUAAUAUUAUCCUGAUAUUAUACUUAUCUGGUAAGGUACCUGAUAUUCGCUACCCAUUUGGAAAAAUGUCCAAAUUUACCAUAUUAGAAAGGGAAUUGAAAGGGAAUUUGAAAUGUAAGAUCAAAGAAGCCAAGCUGAGCAAAGAACCAAUUUGGAAUCAUUUUCUAUUAGACUAUUCAGGCCUACAUUUUAAAAUUCACUUUGAAUACCCAGCAAUGCUCACGUUACUGAAUCGCCCUGCAUAUGUAGGGUGGUUUUCAUUUCAAAUAGAUAUUGCGUACUUUUAAUUUAUUUCCAUACAAAGGAGGGUAUUUAAGUUCUGUAGAUCUCCAGCUGUUGGGAAAUAUUGCACCCGCAUGUUAAUCGUUCUGAUACUUCUAGCUGUCAAUGCCAGAGUUCUAUUUCAACAACUAAAUGAAAAAUGUCUACAACUACAUCCUAAAGUCUAGAUACCAUUACCCAAUUUAAUUGUACCUUGGAAGGUUGAAUGGAUUAGUAGCUCAGACCUUGCCAAGAAUUGAACCUCUAAAUGGUAGAACUGGCUUCCUUAAUCACAGAGCUAUAUCCCUGGAAUAUCUGUUGCUUCUCCAGGAAUUCAAAUAAUAAAACAAUUACUUUCUCAUUCUCAGGAUUUUCUUGGAUCUGGAGACCCAAAAGAGACUAAAAAUCUGAUCACAAAGCAGGCAGACUGGGCACGCAACAUCAGGGAACCCAAGGCAGCGGCUGAGAUGUACUUAUCAGCUGGAGAACACGUAAAAGCCAUUGAGCUGAGUGGUGAUCACGGCUGGGUUGACAUGUGAGUUUUGCAGUAUAUUCCCAGAGAUUUGUACAUCUAUUUAUAUAGCACAGAGGUGAUACAGAAAAGAAAAAUAUGUCUGUGAACUAGUUGUUUUUCUUUUAUCCAUAAAUAAGUCAUUAACAUAAGUGAUGUUCAUAUUCAAAGCAUGGAUGUAGAAACCAGGGGGGAUCCGCUUUAGCUUUUAAGAUUAUAUGUUUCACUGUUUAAGAAAGGUAAGAAGAACAAAGCAUACGUUAAUGGAAUACAGGAUAAAAUCAUGGUUUGUGUAUCAAACACUGUACUGUUACCUAUUUACUUUGAAGGACAGCAGAAAACAAUUAUACAGAACAUUGUAUACUGAUUAACAAGUAAAUAGUGAAAAGGUGAUAAAUGUGCACACGUGAAUCUGGCUCUGAAUACAGCAGCAGUUGGUGGCUAUGAAAUUCCACCACACCUUUCUAUGGGGAUCUACAAACAAAUAAGAAAUCCCAAUAGUGCAGAUAGUUCCAGGACAGCAGACCAAAUGCAGGUAUAAGGAUGAACUCACAUAGGUGAAGCCAUAGAAUCCAGCUUGUGAUAUAGCAGCUCUGUGUUUGGGUAACACUCCCUUGCUGUAGGAGACUGGAGCAGUAGGCAAAGUUUUAUUUACAGCAUAUUUUAUUAUAAAAGAAAUAUAUACUUAUGGCUUUAGAGCCCAUAAAAACAAUUGUGGCAUGCAAGUCCAUAAAAGCAAUUAUUUCAUGCAAACCAAUAAAAACAAUUAUGGCAUGCAAGUCCAUAAAAAGAAUUAUGGCAUGCAAGCUGAUAAAAAGAAUUAGAAACAAUUGGAGCAAAAAUGAAAAAGCCUGCCGGGUGCUCUUGAGACACUUUUUGUUGUGGCUUCAUCAGUCAAUGUUUGUCAAGUUUCACUGCUUCUGGAUUUAAACUUCCCUCUGUUGACGUCAUUGGCUAUUGUCAACGCCCCUUAAGGGGGUAUACUUUACCCAGCGUGUCAUUUCAUUGGUUAGGCUGCUGCCUCGUUUUAUCUGUAAUAGGGGAUGUAUCCAUGCCAGCUAAUCAGUGCAUUCUGUUAAGGUAUCUGGAACUUGAAAGCCGUCAAGGUUAAUUACCUAAAAUACUGGCAUCGGACACAAGGAAUGAUCACAGCGAAUAGACACAUUAGGUGUUAAACCUCUCUAAAUACAGUACAAAAAGUGGUAAACAUUUUAAUGAACAGGAGAAUGGCAAUAAACAUUAAUGUAGCACAAGGGAAUGUAGAAACCGUGUGAUAAACAGUAUAAAAUAGUGAAAGUGAUACUAAUACGACUGUCCCCAUUACACUUAAAGAGGAAAAAAAGGUGAAAAAUAUAUAUGAAACACUGAAUACUCUUAUAAAACGUACAACAUUAUGAAUAAACAUUAUAAAUUUAUUUAAAAAAAUAUAUAUUAAUUAAAUAUAUACACCUUGAAGACAGUUCACUUGAGAAAGAGGUGUAUGAAUGCCUCUUCAAAAAAAGUCGGUUAACAAAACUUAGAAGACUGAUUGCCAGAUGUGGGCUCUGUAUCCAAAUAAACAAAAUACAAAGGUUCCCUGAAUUUCCAUGCUUGUUUAUGUGGAAGAAAGUAAACCAAAAAAAAGUGUUAUUCCCAGUUUUGUCUGAAACUGCAGAAAAAUAAUUCUGCAUACAAACUGCACCAAUUUUAGACUUGGUGCCUGCAUUUUAAUUCACUUCUGUUACUUUGUAAAAUUCCAUAUAUUUUCCCCCUUUGCCAGAAAGAUUUAAUAUUUAAGUCUUCGCCCAUGUGUGUGGAUACUUGGUAUACACUUGGUAAUCACUGCAAUAUGUUGACUCUACAUAAAUAAUAUUCAUUUUGUACUCCUUGGAGGCACCUCUUACAGAGUAAACAAACACAGAUCAUAGCAUCUGUCAGCAUAAAUCUUGCAGUUUAAUAUUUAAUCGGCCUCUGCAGCUUUUCUAAAUUGUGUGUUUCAUGGUGCAUUCGUAUAGUUUCUAACAUUGGCAGACUGCUGAUGGGCUCACGCACAAAAUAACAUUAAAAAAAGUUGUGUCCUAUGUGUAGACCUCAUUCUCUUGCUGUAAGCUAGUUAUUCAGGAAUAUUGUCAAGACGGGUUUAGAGUGAGAUCCCCAGGGGUGGACUGUCUAAACUCUGUUUAUCAAAUCAGUGUUGCUUGCUAGAGGGCUGCAGAGUGAGAAAGGACAAGGUGCUGACAGGAACACCUGUUCACUGAGUAUUCGGGAAGGACAUGAUUUUAUUAUACAUUCCUUUCUGCUGUCUUGAUUUCCAUCAUUUGGCAAACACAUUGGAAGAGAUAUGUUCAGUACAAACACAGAAACAAACAAUGGGAAACUUCUCUACCAAGUGCAGCCUUAGAAGAAAUAGGAUGCUGUCCAGAUGUGGAUGACAAUAUGGCAUUAUCUUUAGCCUGUUGGGUAUCCUCAUACCUGAGCUAAAAGCAGGAAGCAGCCCAAGUAGGCCAGCGUAUCCUGUUGUCAUUAUCUGUUACUACUAGUCUUUUCAUUAUACAAAAUAUCUAGUAGGAAGCCAUUCCCUCUUUAUUAAAGGUGUGACAUCUGAGAAGCAUAUUGUUUAUAAAGAAGUGCCAUUCUCAGCUGCAAAUCUCCUGGACUUGCAGUUUGAAUCCGCACCCAUCGGUGCUAUUCUGGUUUGAAUGGCAUUGAUAUUAACAAUGAAUAAGUGUAAAGUUUGCAUUAUCACAUUUUAACAGAAGGUGGUCUCUGGGUGUCACAGAGAGCCCUGUUUUUUUUUUCUUGUCAAAUUACUCUGCUUGACAAAAAAAUAAGGUACAGUACCUAUAAACCAUUGGCAGCAUAACCCCAGUACUGAGCUGUAGAGUUAAUGUUGCCUAGAGUGCUCUUUCAGGAGCAGGGAAUUUCAUGGUGGCCAAGAGUCUGAAAGAUUUGGCCAACUAACUGCUCCUGCAACUAAAUCUAAAAAAAUGACAGAGCCAAAAAGUUUUCUCACUAUUCAUAAGAAGUAGCUUCUUUUUGGACCCUUUUUCUGCCCUCCAGAUCAACCUCAACUCUCUGCACUGAAUAAUUGCAUUCAGCUCUGCCUUACCCCUGCCUGGACCUAAUAAAACCUUAGGGUUAGAACAUUUCUUCUGAGACUGACUCAGCCUCUUCUUCGAUAGGAGAUUUCCAAGGAUCACCUAGACAUGUGAAAGGUGUGGUUAUGACAAUCGCCGCUUUAUUCUUCAUGUCACACGUAAAUACAUUAAUACUCCACACCACUACUUUCUGUUACUGAUCUCUAGCCUGCAAUGCAUUGUUUAACAUUCUUUGUACAGAGAUUUAUACUCUGCACUACUUGACAAUGUUUUCUUAGCCAGAAUCUCAUGCGGAAAGGUAUUUAUUGCCUGUGAUUAAGAGCUGUGAUUAAGAGCUGUUUAUAUACUAAUAACCCCAAUUGCAAACACACUCUUCCACUUCCUUGAUUCACAUCCAAAGCUACAAACACUGCUUCCUGAAAGACAUUUAUAUUACUUUACAAAAACAAGCAUGGUAAUAAAAUGAAGCCCAUUAUAAAAUAUAAACUAUUUCACCCAAUAUAAUGCUGAGUAGCUAAGCUAUAAUGAAACUGCCAUAUUUAAGGCUGACUAUUUGCCAGCUUCCAUAGCAGUCCAAACAAAAAAACGUUCUGAUGUAUUUGUUAAUUGUGAUUGCUUUUCUCAUAGUUUGUUCCUUCACUCGUGAUCUUUGUGCUCAGUAUUCACUAAGUCCCAGUAUUUCUUAAUUACAAAUGUAUGUGACUUAAUUCUCCUUCCUGUAAAACUCAAUAAACAGGUAAUGGAAAAGCACAUGAUAUACAUGAAAAGUGUGUUUAUACACUUUACACCCACAGUCACACACACAUUUCUAUAUUCCAAAUGUGUUGUCUGGUGUCAUUAUUCAGGGCACCGCGUAACAGAGAUUGUAGAUUGAUGAUGCAUGUAUCAAUGAUGGAAUUGAUAAGGACAAUAUACAGUGUAUAUGUACUUUCAGGGUAAUUAAACAAAUGGUAAAAGGACUGAUUCGCACAGAGGUUUUGUGAGAAAUGCUGUGAUAGAGCUCAGCACCCACCCAUUACAUCACCAUCACAUUAAAAAAAAUAUUGGUUAUAGUUCUAAAAUAAAGGAAGUUACCUGAGAGGAUACUUUUUUAGUUAUUAUUUCUUUAAAAUGUGCAUUGUGGCUACAUGAAACUGUAUUUGAUAAAAAAAAUCUUUUAAACUUCACUUAAAUUUAAGUAAUGCAGGUUUUUAUUCACUGAAGCUGAAUUUUUAUCAAUAAAUCCACAUUUUACUACCAGCAGGAAAGAGGAAGUCAUGUAUGAAAUGUGGUAAUGCCACAUCAACAAAUGAGCUAUGCCACGCUACGUGAACCACAUGCUCUGAGUAUUUAUGCUGUGAUUUUCAAUGCAGGCUGAUUGAUAUUGCAAGAAAACUUGACAAGGCCGAGAGAGAACCUCUAUCAAAAUGUGCAUAUUAUUUCAAGAAACUGCAGCACCAUGGGUACGCAGCCGAGACAUACAUGAAGAUCGGAGACCUCAAGUCACUGGUCCAGCUACACGUUGCAACACAGCACUGGGAGGAGGUGAGAACAUAUUUAUAAUUGUGGAAGUGCUCUAGUGUGGAGGACUAUGGGUAAUAAGUCAAUUUACCUAAAAUGGCAUACAUAUAGCAGCAUAAAUAAAACAAAAUAUUACUCUUCUUUUCUUUUUCUUUUUACAGAAAACAUUGUUUGAAAUGUAUUUAAAUUUACCUCGUAAUUGUAGUUAGUGCAGAACAAAUGUGUUCUAAUUGCCAUUAAAUGUAGAACAAACCUUAAAUGAAUACUAUAGGCACUCAUUACUUCCUUUCAUUGAAGCAGUCUGGGUGCAGUGUCCCUGUUCCCUUAACCCUGCCAUGUAAAACAUUGCAGUUUUAGAGAAACUGCAAUGUUUACAUUUCAGGAUUAAUACUACCCAACAGCCACUAAAAGCAAUUCCUGCAGUUUCACGGAGUUUGACUGAUGCUUUGCACAAGGAUGUCCAGUGGUUUGUAAAUCCCAACAGAAAAGCAUUGAUUCAUUGCUUUUCUUAUGCGAAGGCCUAAUGCGUGCACGGUGCUUGCUGCGCAUGCGCAGUAGUUUGUGCGCAUCGUUUCAUAGAGGAGGAAUGCAACCCAGAACCGCAAGACAUUUCCGCUUGAAUAGGUUAACUGAAAGGGUUUUUAGCCAGGAACAGGACCAGAGGGGUGGGGGGAAAGGCGCAUGGGUUUAGGGACACUAUGGUGUUAGGAAUACAUCUUUGUAUAGCUAACACUAAAGUUUUCCAUUAAAGCAGCCCUGUCACCCAACCCAGUCAAAAGAUAACAUAAGACAAAGAAGGGACUACUUUGUCAUAUGCAUUUUUCCUACUCCUGACAAAAGCCGCUAAACCUACCGCUAUCAGUUUUGUAAUUUCCCCCAGCCGUCACUAGUGACGCAUGUGAGGAAAAAGGCACGGGCUAUGGAGGGUUUCUUGGGAUCCUCCAUGGACAUCAGUGUUGUACUGAAAGCGAAGCACUGAUGUGGGCUCCUGCCAGAGAAAGCACCAGGAACUGAAGAGGAUCCACCAGAAGGUAAUGGAAACUUAUCUUUCCCUGCAUCCCUGGAUUAUGGCCCUACCAGCAGCAAAGUUAUCAUCGGGGGUCUUUGAAAUAUAUGCAAAGCCCCCAGAAAGUGUCAGAGCUGCUUUAAAACAUUAAUUGGCCUCUUCCUGUUGGAUACAACCUCCAUAUAAGAGAAUUACACUGCUUUCAUGUUCUGUAAUUGGUAGGCAGGAUAUAGUUUAUGUAAGUUUCCCUCUUGAGGCUGGAUUCUGUCACAAGAUUUAAAAAAAAGCUAACUUUAGUAACUGUAUAGUAAUUCUCCCAUAGAUGUCUAUAGUAAAAUUGCUACUCAAUUACCAGAGUUAUACGUACCUAUUAUAAUACAACCUCUGCCAUCUUGGGUUUAUUUUUUUUAUUCUUUGCUAGUAUUUAUUUGGCCCUUUUUGUUGUCAGCCUCAGACAUUUCUCUUGUCACGUCAAGUCCUUAGAGGCUCUUCACAAAACUUCCACCACUUAGACAGUACUACACACUUAUCAUUUCUUUUAUCAUAUUUUCAUCUCUUAUAAUCUUAUUGUAUGUAUUUGUCAGUCUUCCUGUUAUAAUAAUAAUGUGAUAAUGUUUCUGUUUAGGCCUUUGCACUGGUUGAGAAAUACCCAGAAUAUAAAGAUGAGGUGUAUGUCCCCUAUGCUCAGUGGCUUGCAGAGAACGACCGCUUUGAAGAAGCACAGAAAGGUGAGCAGAGAUUCUCGUUAUAUUUUCUUUUGAGCUGCUGUCAAACUUGAGCUGUCUGCAAGUGUGUAUCUGCUUCCAGUAGCAGACUUCAUUCAGAGUGUGUUUGUCUCUGUGCUCAUAUCUCCUGUGCUGUUACCCAGUAAUAUAGUGCUAACAUAGAGAUCCUAUAUAUUGCCUGCUGUGUAUAACCAAUAAUUCCACACUCACAUAACUCCUGCUGUGUUUAACAAGUAAUUCUGCACUCAUUGAUAGAUUUCCUAUAUUUCUUGCUGUGUAUAACUUGUAAUUCUGAACCCGUAGAGUGAGGUCACUAAUCUCCUGCUGUGUAUAACAAGUAAUUUGCACUCAUUGAUGGAGAUCCCAUAAUUAUUGCUGUGUAUAACUGGAAAUAGCCAGAGAGUGAGAUUGCUAAUCUCCUGUGGAACUCGCUUCCCUCCUCCGUUAGAUGCUCACCCAGUCUCCACUCCUCAAAAAAUCAUUAAAAACCCACUUCUUCAUAAAAGCAUAUCAAUUAAACUGUUAAUAGCUCCCGACUGAUUCAUCUCUUGCAACCGUCAUUAGUCUAAUACUAUCCUUACCUUUUGUGUCACUUUACCCUACUCCCUCUAGCAUGUAAGCUCAUUGAGCAGGGCCCUCAACCCCUCUGUUCCUGUGUGUCCAUCUUGUCUGGUUACAACUACAUGUCUGUUCAUCCACCCACUGUAAAGCGCUGUGGAAUUUGUUGGCGCUAUGUAAAUAAUAACAUAAUAAUAAUAAUAAUCGCUAAUCUCCUGAUGUGUAUAACACAGUAAUUCUGCACUCACAGAGGCAGAUCCUGUAUAUGUCACUUCACUAUCUGUUCUUUCUGUCUUAGCCUUUCACAAAGCUGGACGCCAAGAUGAAGCCGUGAGAGUGCUGGAACAGCUUACCCACAAUGCAGUGGUGGAAAGCCGAUUUAAUGAUGCCGCCUACUAUUAUUGGAUGCUGUCCAUGCAGUGCCUUGACAUUGCUCAUGGUAAGACAUUUUGGAGAAACGAUAGCUGUCUGAGCUAUUUUAUAAUUAUUGAUAUACACAUGUAUAAUGUUUGGUAUAUUAAUAUAUAAUCUGAUAUUAAAAUCUAGAUUCAGAUUACAUUUUCAAAUGUACUUUCACCUUUAGGCAUCUUGUAAAUGUAUAUAGGUAUUGCCUCCUUAAUAAAAUAAUAAUAAUAAAAAACCUCUUUCAGGACUUGUUGGCAGUUACUAGUGUUGCUGAUGGGUGUCUUUGCUAAGUAUUCGUCCUCAGAAUUACACCUAUUCUCCUAAUACUGAACCUUACAAGGGUUAAGUACCUGAUUUGCUAAAAGCAGCCAGUGGUAUGGUUGGGCAAAGUAUAAUGCCUAUGAUGAUACAUAGGAAGUUUGUAAUGCAAUUUGAAAGCCUACUCUGAAUGGCAUUGGAUAAUUCCUUCAACCAAAGCUCUCUUGGGACCAAAAUGUUGCUAAUUUGCUGGGGCAGUGGGUAUUAAGGUUUUCUGAUAAAUUAUUCAUUUUUAUUUUAUCUGUUUUCUUGGUACAAUGUGUUUGUAUAUAUAUUUUUUUAAAUGUGUUUUGACUGUACCACAAACGUACGUAUGACAUUAUGACCUGUGACAUUUAUGGGCAUUUUUUUGCUAGUGCAAUGCAUAGUUAGCAUUCAGUUGAUAGUAAAUGUAUUCUUUACAUUGUAUUCUUGUGCUAAUAAUUCUGUGAUUGUUCUUUCCUACAGAAAAUAAAGAGAAGCAAGACACGAUGCUGCAGAAAUUCCAUUAUUUUCAGCACCUAGCGGAGUUAUAUCACGUGUACCACUCAAUCCACAGAUAUACAGUUACGUCUCAAUCAGUAUACACCCAAUGAAAUAGCUAGUAGGGUUAAAGGGCUGUAAUGGAAUACUAUAUACUGAUCAGCCACAACAUUAAAACCACUGACAAGUGUAGUGAAUAACAUUGAUUAUAUUGUUCCAAUGGCACCUGUCAAGGGGCGCGAUAUAUUAGGAAGCAAGCAAAAAUAUCUGAGUGACUUUGACAAGGGACAAAUAAUAAUGGCUAGAUGACUGGGUCAGAGCUUCUCCAAGUCCUGUGGGGUGUUUCCGGUAUGCAGUGGCUAGUACCUACCAAAAGUAGUGCUAGGAACGACAACUGGUGACCAGCAUCAGGGUCAUGGGGACCCAAGGCUCAUUGUUGCAUGUGGGGAUCAAAUACUAGCCCAUCUGGUCAGAAGAGCUACUGUAGCACAAAUUGCUGAAAAACUUAAUGCUGGGCAUGAUAGAAAGGCGUCAGAGCACACAGUGCAUCAUGGUUUGCUGUAUAUUAGCUGCAUAGCUGCAGACCUGUCCACCACCAAUAACACCUUUAAUGUGGACGUGAGCAUCAGAGCUGGACUAUGGAGUAAUGGAAGAUGGUUGCCCGGUCUCAGGGCCAGCCUUAGGGGUGUGAGAGCAGUGCAGCUGCACAGGGCGCCAUGGCAACAGGGGGUGCCAUGCGGCCCACACUGCUCACACAUGGCCGGAUUUAAAGUGUGUGCACCUGCUAACCUGGGGGGUAAGGGGGGGGGUUGGAGAGUCUCUUUAAAUGCAGAAGUAUCUUAGUGUGGCCUUGUAAUUCAUACAGUUAAUUCAUGAAGUGCUACUCUUUCUUUCUUUCUUUUUUUUUUCUUUAAAUCUGUGCCUUAUUAUUUAGUAAAGCAAUAAUAAUGUUUUCAAUGUUAAACCUCUUAUAUAUUUGAGUCUGUGCAAUUUCAGGAUGAACCGUUCAGCUCCCACCUUCCAGAAACUCUGUUUAACAGUUCCAGGUUCCUGCUGCACAGUCUCACCAAGGAGACCCCCCUUGGGAUAUCCAAAGUGUAUCCUUUUUCCUCUUCAGAGCAUCUACAUCAGAGAUUGUGUGUGUAAGAGACACUCCAAGAAUUGCUGCCCAUUUUAAUGAAUCUGUAUAGAUAAUGUAAAACAAAGUAAAUUAUGAAUUCAAUUAUAAUUUUUUUUUUUGUCCCUCUUUGGAUACAAGUCCCCAAGGUCUGAUCCUACUACAGAUGUCUUUUUUGACCAGAGAAUGGCUGGGAUCAAUCAGCCAACUCUGGUCAUGCUUUAGCAUUCUGUGUAAGAGCAGUACGUUUCUCAUAAGGCCUUACAUGCCUCUAGAUUAUGGAUAACCUACAGCAGUGUGUAAAUACAGUCACCACACAUAUCUGUGCAUGCACGUCAUUGAUCUUUGGGAUUCAGCAAAUCCUCUUAGGUCUGGCUCACCAAGCCCCAGUUACAGAGAGACUGGAAAUAUGAAUGCAGUAAUGUAUAAGAGAGAGAGAGAGUGUGUCUGGGAUGCCUGUGUGAUCUUCUUUAUGAUUAGCUUAUUGCUAACCAUAGGGACAGCAAAAUGCAAUGGGGUUAUGUUUACAUCGUUGGGUAGAUCCCUGUUGGAUUCCCGUGUUUAAAAAUUAAAAAGGAAUUCAUAUUAUUAUUCUCUCAAUGACAUUCAAAACAAUAAAAUAUUAAUAUUGGUCAAAUCAAUGUAUAACAUGAGAUCUUGUAAUAUGAGAUACUCAAGCCCGAAAACAUCUUUACUUAAUGAAGCAGUUUUUGUGUAUAGAUUGUAACCUUACAGUCUCACUGCUCAAUUCUCUGCCAUUUGGGAGGUAUUUACUUUGUUAAUGCAGCCCUAGCCACAUCUUCCCAGGCUGUGUAGUAUCAACACCUGCACGUCUCCUGUAAUGUGAAUUCUUUUUUUAUGUUGUUUCCUUUUUUGCCCCAGGGUUCAUUUAUUCUGUUCUUUCUAUUUGCCUUUCUUUACACUAUUGUACUUGGCCCCCACUUCUUUAAUCCAAUAUAUACUCCAUUCUCUAUGUACAUAUGUACUUUCUCUCCAUACUAAUUAUCAUUCAGAAUGUGAUCAAUGAAGGCAAGCCUUCCAGUGUUGUGAUUAUAAAGAGACCUGGUUGGAAUAAUGGGAUAGAUGGUGACAGAACAUUCUACUCGGGACUGCGAACCAUUAGAACUUGUGACUUUGUUAAAUUAUUUCACAUGGGGUAAUUGCAUGGGUUAUUAUAUUGAAUCCAUGUUCAAUGCUUCUAAUGUCCUUAACACGUUGCACCAGGAAUGCUCUGUACACACUGGCAAAGCAGAGCAAAGCCCUGAAAGCAUACAAACUUGCUCGUCAGGUGUAUGAGAGGCUACAAGGUCUGAGGAUUCCCAGCAGAUUCCAGGAGUCCAUUGAACUGGGCAACAUUACGAUACGAUCCAAACCCUUCCAUGAUAGUGAGGUGAGUUUCAACCUAACUGUCCAUGGGUUCUAGGUUACACAUUGUCAAAGUGCCAGAUCUAGGGUAAAAUGUGAACAAACUCAAAAUCAAAGAGGUAUGAGAUGUCUGAGAAGGGGCAAAUACUCAGAGAAACCAGAGUCUUGCCUUUAGGUUUAUCCUGGCUCAGGUCUCAGAAAUGUUUUUGCACACUUGUGGCCUUACAGAGAUAAUCUAUAGUACUGGCAUUUAAAUGGACAGGAGCAAAUGUGAAUGUACACAAUGGAUGUAGACUGAAAUCUGAAACAGGACCGAUUUGUUUUGAUAUUGUACCAUCUCCGAUGAAGAGGAUCAUACAAUGUGGAAGUACCCUUCAAAAGUAAGGUAAUGGCUUAGUCAGAAAUGGAUCCAGGUCAGCACACCGUACUGACUUAUACACAAAAGGCAAAAAUCAGAGAAGCUUGGACAACCAACUGUGGUUAAUGUAGUUAAUACAGUCCAAUAAGGAAUAAUCUGUGUUAUAACAGACAUGAAACCAUGAACAUGACACCAUGGUCACAAGCUUAGGCAGUGCUAUUGGGAGACCACAAGGGUCUUAAACUGCAAAGACAUGUUUUUUUUUAUCGCAGGAGCUUUUGAUCUCAUGGACUGUAAAGGUGUUAUGUGUUUUGUAAGGAUAUUGAGAGUCAUGUAAAGGCAAGACAUAGCAAGUUCCAUAAAGUUAUGUUGUUGGUUUCAGUCAUGUUUACAUUUUAGAAUUGUGUUUGUGUACAAUAGCAAAUAUUUCCUAUUAAAGCUAUUGUAAGUCCUGUUAAUGUUUUGUGAGUUGCAUAAAGACUUUGCAUGUUCUGUUAAAUCUUUGUAUGUCCAAUACAUUUCCGACAAAUGACUACAGCAUUAGCGUGUCCAAUAGCACAACAGAAAUGGUUAAGUCUCUCUCAGGCCUACACAUAUGUUUCUGGUAAGCAUCCUUGAGUACUAGAGGCUCACAUGCAUUUCUACGGUCAUAAAAAUUCUGAGAUAUUGGCAAAGCAGCAAGUGACUUCUAUAAAGUUACAAUGAAAGCUCUAGCCUGAGAUAUUGCCAAGUUCCUGACCUAUCUAAUUUUUCUGGCAAUUUCUCUCUGUCCUAUUUUGUACGAUUGUGUUGGACCUCCAACAGUCGCUAACAUCUGCUGAGUCUGAAAUAUAUCACUGGGACAUUUCAAGCUUUGCUGGAUUAUAGAUCUGCUGUUCUGUAUGAUAAUCAGAGUCGCUGGAUUAAUUAGAACCACUGGCACCUGUAAUUGGAAAACCUAGAAUUGUCAUCAUAUUGUUAUAUUAAUUUAGAAAGCACCAACAUAGUCUGCAGUGUUGUACAAUGGAUAUCACAAUCUACUGAAUUUUAUUUUAAUAUCCAAUAAGCAGAAAUGUUACGGUAAGAGAAAUCGUCAAUAACAGUUCAUGUUGUAAUAGAUGAGAACAUUACAUGAAAGGAUAAAUAUUUGACCAUGAUCUUGUGAGGUCUGUUAAAGUGUCCUUUAAUGAAUAUCCACAGAGUUACUCACUAAAGUGAAAAUUAAAGGUGAAUUCAAAGUCAAAUUUAAGGCCAGAGUAGCUGAUUGGAAAGCAUAGCCGAUUUAGAGAAUUUUUCCAGUUUGUCUAUUUUAACCUUCCUGGGAUAUUAUCUUACUUUUAUCUCAGGACUGAACUUGUCUGAAUGUUAGGGAACAGCCCUCCUGGGAUUCUUUCGAUUUACAGUUCUUGCAUUCCCUGAAUUAAUAGACAAUAUGUACUGAUCCCUGUAGUAAAGAGUAAUGACAAACCUUAUUGCCAAUUAUUACACCUUUUGAAACAGAGAAGGCUGCAUGCCAAAAAAACUUUAGUAGUUAACAGUAUGUUAGUGUAGAAGAUUAUACACUGUGAAUUAACCUUUUCACUGUAUAGAAAAGUACAGAAAACAAAUCCUUAUAUAUACACAAUAAUAAAAGUAUAUUGGGGGCGGAACCUGACUGUGGAGCUGAACAGACAAACGCGGUGUAAACUCCUGAGCCUGAGCCCGAUAAUAAACAUUAAUCACAGGCCACCCGCUUAAUUUUGGACUCAUAAACCUAACGCAUCCUGUUAAGCAGGCAUCGGUGAAUCGGGAGAUACCCCACAAGGGAUACCCCAAACGAGCAUAUCGUCCUCUGGAUUACCCGAACUGAGGCUUGCGGCCUACACCAUGCAGAGCUCAAGAGAGACAGCCGCUCUCCCAGCCCUCAAACACAUGAAGCAAUCAAGGUACACAGCUAGCGCACCAACCCCACGCCCCCUGGACUGGUAGGGGUUAUCCCUGUCCCCACUCCAAGCACCAGUACAAGCCCCAGACAUGCACAAACCCUGAUCGCUGCGGACCACUCAAAGAUGGCGGCACACAGUCUCAAUGCAUACAUGUGCCUCUGCAGGUCCACCACUACGCAACAGAGCAUAUACUCACAUGCCUGAAUAAGAUAUUUGACAGAUUCUGGGCACGAAUAGAAGCUUGCAACGCUGCAGCACAGAUUCGCAGGAGAGCUGGAAUACAGGGGGACGCCUGGGAAACAGUGGCUGGAAAGUGAAUGGGACACCCUCGGGCACACCCUCGACAAAGAAGCAGGUUACUCCAUACGCUUGCCGAUAUGGGCCCAAAGGCCACUAAGGGUACAACCCCGGCGCAUCUUCCACGCAGGUGGAGGUCCACUCGCCGCAGGCGGUGAAGCAACAUCAAGGCCUCCAGCUUUGUCCCAGCAGGGAGGGACUUGGACUCCAGAAGCACCCAAGUUAGUGGUUCCGCGAUGCCGGCCUUUACUCAGACGCAGAGCUGGAGGGAUGACUCGGCUUGCUCCUGGCUUACUACUACAGUCAGCAACCACCCCUCACCAUUGCCACGAUUUCCCACUCGAGGAAUCGGAUGAUCAAGAUUUGUGGAUGACCUACCUGCACCCAGGCAGACUCUUCCCAUUUAUAAAUGGACGCAAUCCUGUCACAAACAGCAUUUCCAGGUUCUCUAAGCCCUGGGGAUACACACAGCUGUAGCUUUUCUGUAUUUUCACAAAUGCCUUAUUUUACCAAUUGCCCUUUUCUUAUAUGUAUUCUUAUGGGGCAGUGAGCAGAGAGGGUGUGUGGACUACGGUGGUUAUUAUAACGCUGUAUCUUCCUUAUCUACACCUAAUGUUUUAUUACAUCUAAUUUGCAUUCUAGACAAUAACUAAAUUGUGAGUAGAGAAUUCAUAUGUAUAACUCUGUAAAGGCCUACAAUCAGUGGUGUAUCUUGGUUUUGUGCUGCCCUAGACAUGACAAAACUCCGGUUUUCCCUCCCCCCCCCGCUACCUCCUCUUCCUCCACCACCACCCCCUUCCCCGCCUUCUAAAUACACACACAUUCACUGACAGACACACAUACACUAGCUAACAGACACAUACAUUCAUUAACAGACACACAUACACUCUCACUAACAGACACACACAAUAAAAGACACACACACUAACAGACACAUUCACUCACUAACAGACACACACACACUAACAGACACACACUCACUAAGACAAACACACACAUUCACUUACAGACGCACACUCACUAACAGACUCACACACACUCACACACACACACACAUUAAUACAAUUUUUUUUUUAAAUUCAAUCCCCCCAGCCUACUUACCUUUGGGAAUGCUGGGGGGGGGAUCCAGUGGGGGGUGUCCAGUGGGGCUGCUGGGCAGCCGGCCGGUAAGUGCAGGUGGCGAGGGAGCACUGAUCCUCCUGUUCACGUCAUAUUCCGUCAUAUUCGUAAUUUUCCGGCUCCCGGCAUCACUCUGCGGCGUGCGAGGGAGCUGAGCAGAGAGCUCACUAAUCAGUGCUCCCUCGCCAGCGCCGCCUGCCCGCCUACCUGGAAUGUCAGUUAGCCGCCAGGCUAACAAGACAUUUGCCUGGGCAUUUGGGGACGGCUUUUUUUGCCACCCCUUGGAAAGUGCCGUCCAAGGCAAAUGCCUUGUUUGCCUCGCGGCUAAUACGUCCCUGCAUACAAUGCCCUCAGCUAUUGCUGCGCUUAAACUUACCUUUGCCAGGCCUUCACCAUGCUUCUCAAUGUAAUCGCCUAGCCUACUUAGUCCUGCAUGUUAACAGUAACCUAUAUGGCAUGUACUAGCCUAGCAUGUUUAACCCUUACAAAAGCAAAAAGAGGUACAUUUCUUAGGAGUAUAUAUUAUUGUAUGUCACAUGUGUAUUUGUGAAUUGUCAACUGAUGAUAUAACUCCAUAUGUCUUAUUUCUGUACUGAUUACUAUAUGCCUCAAUUAAAAAAGAGAUUGACAAAAAAAAAAAAAGUAUAUUAUCAUAGAACAAUGUUUAUCAUGAACAAUUGCUUCCAAAUUAGUUUAAAAUCAAAAUCCCCCCCUUACAAAGCUUAAAGCUCUCCACUGUUUAGUUUAUUUUUGUCAAUCAAAAUUUUUUAUUAAGUUGUAAUGAUGCGUUACAGACGAAAAAGGAAAAUAUUGUACAAUAAUGACCAAGUUUAUAAGCACUAGGUUGAAACAGUGAUGUGUACAGCUUAUUAGCCAAUGUGUUUUUUUGUUGUAUUGUUUUAACCCCUUAAAGGACCACUCUAGGCACCCAGACCACUUCAGCUUAAUGAAGUGGUCUGGGUGCCAGGUCCCUCUAGGAUUAACCCUUUUUUUAAUCAACAUAGCAGUUUCAGAGAAACUGCUAUGUUUAUAAUAGGGUUAAUCCAGCCUGAAAAUCCUCUAGUGGCUGUCUCAUUGACAGCCGCUAGAGGCGUUUGCGUGCUUCUCACUGUGAAAAUCACAGUGAGAAGACGCCAGCGUCCAUAGGAAAGCUUUUUGAAUGCUUUCCUAUGAGACUGGCUGAAUGCGCGCGCAGCUCCUGCCGUGCAUGGGCAUUCAGCCGAAGGGGAGGAGAGGAGGCGGAGAGGAGGAGGAGAGCUCCCUGCCCGGCGCUGGAAAAAAGGUAAGUUUUAACCCUUUCAUCUCCCCAAAGCCGGGCGGGAGGGGGACCCUGAGGGUGGGGGCACCCACAAGGCACUAUAGUGCCAGGAAAACGAGUAUGUCAUGAUUCCCUUUUAUUCCAGAAGUUUGGUCCUUAAGGGGUUAAAGGUGUAACAAGAUAAGAGGAGCAUUAACUAUAAACAUAUUAUCACGCCAUCAGGAGAAACAUUUAGGCACCUUUCUAAGCUGCAGUAAAACUCUCCUCUAUUAAUCUAGUGGAAUUGCUGAUGAUUUAGACAUUAUCUUAUAAUAUUUUCUGUAUUUUUUCAUUAAAAAAAUUAAAAAUUUAAAAAAUACACAUAUUGUUGCAGGCUUUUAUAAAAAUUGUCUUUUUGUCAUAUGAAUGGUGUCAUCGUAUCAGAUAUCUGCUGCUUGUCUUCCUGAUUUCUUUUAAAUAAAACAAAUUUCAAAAAAGAAUGCCAAAUAAUGAUUCAUCUAGACUACACAACUUGCCCCUAAUAAAAAAAUUUUUUAAAAAUAGAAAUACGUGCCUUAGUCCCCAUAGUUGUACGACUGGAGCCUGUAGCAGAUAAGAGCAGCUUUGACCCACAAUAUGAAUCUGUAACAAAUCCAAAGCUGAUUAGUGUAGUGACAUCUCACAUUCAUCAACCUGUCCCGAUUAAUGAUGUCACCAAAGAGGAUCAGUGACCAUACAGAGCCAUAGCAGGUCUUCAUUGCUCUGUGCAUUUUGUCCUGGAUCAGUAUGUUAAAAUUACUGAAAACAUUUUGUUUGAUUUAUUUUUCUAUUUUGUUUUCAUAUUAAAGUGUUGGGUACACAGCCAAAAAUACCUAAAUCAAUUCUUUGGUGACAAAUCAAGCCUUCUAGUUUAACCUAUACAAUAGGCAUUUAAAUUGGUUGCAUAUGUACAGAUAAAAUAAUUGAUUUUGUAAAUCAUUACUUACCGCAGGAGCUGGUCCCCAUGUGCUACCGAUGCUCCACUAACAAUCCGUUCCUGAACAAUCUGGGCAACGUCUGCAUCAACUGCAGGCAGAACUUUGUGUUUUCAGCCUCCUCGUAUGGUAAGUGAAGCAGAGAGGAUUCUAUAAUGGAAUUAUAUCAUCCAGGUCAAAAUAGACCAGGUUAUAAAAUAAUUGAUUGGGAGAAAUUGUCAAACUUUUUUGACCUCAAGUAUGCAAAUUUGUUUUGAGUUCUUCACAAUCUGCUGUUUGAUAAAUUAACCCCCAUGAUGCUUUUAGUUUGGUUUUAAAUGCUAAGAGUGGAGAAAUCAGCAGGAACAUUCCAUUGGUUUCCAUGGUGAUUUCUUCAUUUUAUACUGUAUUGGAAUUGCUCUUCAUACGUGACUUUGUAUUAAAGGGACACUCCAGGCACCCAGACCACUUCUUCGCAUUGGAGUGGUCUGGGUGACAACUCCCACUACCCUUAACCCUGCAACUGUAAUUAUUGCAGUUUUUAUAAACUGCAAUAUUUACCUUGCAGGGUUAACUCCACCUCUAGUGGCUGUCUUAGAGGGCACUUCCUGCUUCAUAGCACAGGUUGUGAGGACCUCCAGCGUCGCUCAAUUCCCCAUAGGAAAGCACUGAAAAGCAUUUUCAAUGCUUUCCUUUGGAGAGCUCUAAUGUGCAUGCGCUGCAUUGCCGCGCAUGCGCAUUAGGUCUCCUCAGCCGGCGGGCGGGAUCAGUCUCCCCCGCCGGCUGACGUGAUGAAGGGGAGGAGUGGCGGCGACCCGAAACCACCGCCGAGGGACAUCGGCGGGGGUCUCAGGCAAGUCACUGAAGGGGUUUUCACCCCUUCAGCAACCGGGGAUGGGUGGUGGGAGGGAGAGGGGACCUGCAGUGCCAGGAAAACGGACUGUUUUCCUUGCACUGGAGAGUCCCUUUAACUUUUGUGCAAUUUGAUGGCACUAUGUUAAUAAACACUGAUAAAACAUAACAUUAAAGACACUCUACUAAUGUUUAGAGGAAGAAAUUAAUAGUAUUCUCUAAGUCAAUGAUUCCUGUGCUCAAGACAAGUUUUUUUUUUUUUGCUGUGUUAGAACAAGUGGAUUAAUCAAAAUGACCGAGCCAAUUAAUCUGUGAUUACAAGCCAUCUGUUCUGCAGACACAGAAGCUGUAUCACUGUAUGUGUAACAGGCUCUGUGCUUAGGAAUGCUGCCUUCAAAAUUGUAGAAAAAAAAGAUAUACCUCGGUUUUCUUCUCUUCACCAAACUCACUCUUCUCCUAAAAACUCUCAGCUUUUCCUGCUGACAUAAUUACAUAUUUAUCCCCAAAUCAAUUCAAAGCCCCUCUAGUGGCUUUCUGUGUGGGACUGCUGUAAAGGGAUCUUAAUCACAUUGAUGCUGCCACUUCUAUUCCGUCACCAACAAAUUCUCCUGUUGAUGCCACAGACUGAAACUUGCAGCCACAGCCAGAGUCUAUAUGAGUGCAGUAAUGUUUCAUCUUAAAAGUAAUUACAGGUUAUCGGUCUAAUCCUCUGCUAAUCUCCACACUGCAGGCUCAGCCAGGAGGUAGAUGUGUAAAUAAAGCUGGGCAAGGAGUUCAAGUGAAUCUCCCCUCUCUGUAUGGACUCAUUGUUAGAUCCAUGUAAAUAUAAGGGUUUUGUUUUGUUUCGCAUUCUCUUCACAUGAAGCUUUCAUCUAUCCUCAGUAUGAAUCUCUACCCCUCAUACAGAGCUCUCUUAAAUAAGCUAUAAAUCUCUCUUGUCCCCUCUCUACGAAUAUUAGUCAUCACUGUACAAGCUCUCUUGUUUUCCCUGUACAUAACUCUCUUCCCCCCUCUUGGUUUCUGCAGUUUGAAACUAUAUUGUUCCUUCAAUACCAAACUCCCUUCUAAACGACUUCAAUAUCAUAUUUCAAUGUACCAACUUUUGUCUGACGUUGAUUAUAAUUUUAACUGUAGUCAUCUUUAUUGGCAGCAAUGCUACUACCUUAAGCAUUUUUUUUCCUAUUCCAGUGAGAUGUAUUACAUCUUUUAUCUUUCAAUGAAAAUCCUAUUUGCUAUAAUGAUGUCUAAUAGCAUGUAUCUUGAGAUAUACUUGCCACUUCAUCUUCAAUUUAGGAUCUUCCUAUUUCCAGCCUUAGCCCCACGGUUGUAGCAACAGGUUCCUACCUGUGGUUAUUUAGCUAGACUAUAUUAUAUUAGUAAAUUAUGAAUUAGUGCAUCAAGUAAACUAUUGUCUUGUUUUAUGCUAGUUUAAGUUUGUUUCUGUGAAAAGUAAAAUUUAUAUAUUCAUGUGAAGAAUGUUUUAGGCACAAUGCAGUUAUACAUGUUCUUUGGCUGCUUAGUUGCAUCUAGAAUAAUGGUACUUCCAUCACAUUCUGAGAAAUGACCUUGUAUCAUGUUUUUACCUGAAUACAGAAGUUCUCCCCCUAGUGGAGUUUUACUUGGAGGAUGGAAUCUCUGAAGAAGAAGCUGUGUCACUUAUUGACCUGGAAGCUCCAAGAAGCAAUCUGAGGAAAGACAAAUGGCAGGAGGUCUCCUCUGCUGGUAUCCUUGUCCAAUAAAAGACAUGUUGUAGCCAACAGGAAGUUGUUCAUUUUUCCAACAUAUUCCACAGAGUCUUACACUUGGAAUCAAUUAAUACUGGAAUUUAUAACAAGGCACUUUGAAAACUGCUACAGCAGGAUGCUACCAGCCUAGAUCAGAGAUGUCCAAGAUAUUUAUGUGUGGGAUCAGAAAUCCUUAUGUGUCUGGGGAGGUAGGUACCAGCUAUUAUUUGAGAACACUCCUGUUAACUCACACAGAACAGUAUGUGAGCACUGACAGGCAGCCAACACAAGGCUUUUAAGGAACUGACGGUAGCAUUGUCUGAAUUCUUUACACAAAAAGGAUUCCACCAUGCUAGCCAUUUAAAUAAUCCAUGGCUUGUAUCAUAAAACUCAAUUCUGAACCUUGGCAACAGCCAUGAGUGGUUACAUGACGCAAAUUGUGUGUAAAUCCACUUGUUUCCUGUGUACAGUGUAUUUGCUGCAUAAAGGUGUGAACUAUGGGAUGCACACACUUCCAUGCACUUCUACAUUCGAUUAUGCCUAGCAUAUGUUGUGCAUAAAGAUAUGUCCAACAUAUUGUGGAUUGCCGUCUGCUAACAAUAACUUGUAAUGUGUACGCAUGCUGAGGAUUUUGUUUGUUAUAUUGUAUUUAAAGAGCUCCUUAUUUGGGCUUGGUACACAUAUGCAGAUGUCAGACCUUUUUUUUUAGUUGUUAAAAAGUGUUCUGGGCACACCUGGAGGUUUCUUUGAUAGGCAGUCUUUAUUUGAAGUGCAGAAUAAAAUACAACAGUGUUUUGGCUCCCUUGGGCCUUUGACGAAAUGUUGUUGUUGCCUAUCAAUGAAACCUCCAGGUGUGUGCAGACCUGUUUUACAUUGCUAUAUUCUGCAUGGGACAUUGGUCCACCCUGUUUGGAGCACCCUGCUGGAAGUAUUCCCAGGAUAAUUGAUGUGUGCAAUAUUAUCCUAAACUUUACAAAGUUCUAUUUGUGUCAUAGUACCACUUUCUGUUAGGCCCUUCAUCAGAUAUAAACAGACACUCAAACCCUGAGGCUGGAUGAAGAAGAGGUGAUUGAUGAUGAUCCAUUUACUGCAAAAUUAAGUUUUGAGGUAAGAUUUCAGUCCUCCUCUCUAAAGGUAAACUCUCAGGUGUCCAGUGUUGCAGAUUGUAUAAGGCAUGCUGUAGAUAUAUAUAUGUACAAAACCAAGAAAAAGUGACCUGUGCGCACUAACCCAUAUUAUUAAAAUAAUAGUUUUUAGUGCCUCUGCAGUCAUCAUGCAAGUGUUAGCUCACCUGUUAACGUCAAGUCAAAACUAGGUGAGUCCUAUGCUAACAAUUCACCUUGCCUAUUUCAGCAAAAAGGCUAAACCUGUAAUGAGACAAAAUCUGGUAUAUUUGGGCUAAUGAAUAUUAUAGCCAUGCUGUUAAGAGCCAGAGACAUACCUAGGUCACUUGUCACCUGGAAUAAAAAUAUACAUUCCCCCCCCCCAUACCCAUCUAGUCCCUUUGUGUGUAUCUCCUGAUCCUUCUUAUGUGUUUCUCCUAAUACCCCUUUCAACCUUGUGUGUCUCUUAAACCCUUUCUUUUGUGUCUCUAUUACUUCUUUUUUUUUUUUAUCUCUUAACCCACCAUUGUCCCCAACAUACAUACACGUCCCCUGCCUCCACCCCCACUCCCCCCGGCCAAGAGCAGUAGGAGUUUCUGUGUGUUUUUAUUUGCUGAUAUAUAUCUAGCUAAUGUAUAGUUGUAAUAAAAUAAUUCACCGCUUGCAAUACAACGCAUUGACUAUCUGUUACAAUAUAUGGCUAGUCAUUUAUUGACAAAAGGUAAACCAAUAUUUAUUUGCUCCAUGUAACAGAAACAGACAUGUGUUACUGUGCCCAGUGUUUGAAUAUUGAUGAAUGUCCUCUAAUUCAGAGUUGUUUGACUUGACUUUUAUUAAUAAAAAGGAAAGGCUAAUGUAAUUCCAAAUAACGUACAGUUUUAUUUUUUAAUAGCUGGGUCCAUAUCCAUUCAGUUUGCAGAGAGCAAAUAAUUUUAAGCAGCUAGUUAGGAAGGGAUUGUUUUGUCAGGUGUAAUCCAUAUGUUUUCUAAUUAUGUGAAUUUAAUAAAUGAGCAAAUGUGUGAAAAGCCUCAGUAACAGAAUGAUCAGAGAAUGCCAUGUGGGUCCUCAAGGUAGGUAAUAGUGGACAAAAGUGUGGUGCCAGCACAGUCCAUAUCAAAGCACCUCAGGAGGAGCUAUGAAAUUAAGCUCCAGGACCACCAGGUACCAUACUGCCACCCAACGGCUUGGGAACCUGUCAGUGCUUGGUGUUUGUGUAAAUAAUCCUGGUUAUUGUGUUAGUAAGGAGACCAAUCUAGUUCCUAUUGUUAAGGGCCCUACAAAUCUAGCGAUCUUCCCUUGCUUGAGGGUGCUAUCAGAUGAAAUAUCAUAACUUUAAUAUGUAUCUAUGCAUUUAUAUUUGCUCCUUGUGUAUAACAGUCAUAUUCUUCUUUCAGCAAGGAGGAUCUGAGUUUGUCCCUGUGAUUGUGAACCGCACAGUCUUGAGAUCAAUGAGUAGAAGAGACGUCCUGAUAAAACGCUGGCCACGGCCACUUAAGUGGCAAUAUUUCCGUUCCCUGCUCCCUGAUGUGUCCAUUACAAUGUGCCCCUCCUGCUUUCAGGUACACAAUAUGUAUCUGUCCUGUUUUCAGCGAAACACUAUGGGAUUUGUUUACUAAAUACCAAAUUUUGUCCAUCUGGCCAAAAUUUGAUGGAAAUAGGCCAAUUCCAAUUGAAUUGGAAAUUCUCAUCUCAACUGAAUCUGCAUCAUUCAACCAAAUGCAUUCAGUGUCAACUUUGAAAUUUCUGUCAGCAGGCAGAUAGUUUGGACAUUUAAAAUCCAGGCCUGGAUUUUAAACAUUUUUCAGUCAGUAUGAAAUCCAGAAACAUUUCUGGCACAUUCAUUGCCAGAAUUCUAAAAUCUGGAUAUUGUUAAAUAGUGUGAAAAAUGUCUGGAUUUUGCCAUUUGAUUGGCCCCAUACACAACUAGAUGUGUUUACUUCAUUCAGACUUCAGUAAACAGGCUUGAUUGUGUCCAUUACCAUCCUUCCAUCUUGCAUCCACUCUAUAUGUACAUUACCAUGGGUCCCUCCUGCUUUAGCUGCACACUCUGUACCCAUUACAAUGUGUUCCUCUUUCUUUUAGGUACACGCAAGCAGGCCUGUAAGGAUGUAAUAGAAAUAUGUUUUCUUGCAGAUAAACAGGAAAUUUUUUACUAGGUGCCUGCCAGCACCUAAUGUGUGCUGCAUAUUAAGGGAUAAUCUGUUAAGUGCUGACUAGGCCAACCCUUUCUAGGCCACUGUGCAGGAGAGAGCAAUCAGUGUUUUGUAUUACUGGAAAGAAAACCAGAGUGUGUUAUACGAAAACCUGACAGUAUCUGGCCAUGGUAGCACAGUACUGGAUGGUUGAUUGCACGGUGUUACCGGACAGCCUGUCAAGAGACAGUCAAGGUAACAAAAUAUAGGCCAUGUCACGUAAAAGAUGUAAUUAUCGCUUCAGACACUAAUUAGAUUAUCUUGAUAUCUCCUAGUACAGUGGCCCUGGGCUCCUGAUAGCUUCUCUUUUCUGCAGUCCUGUAACAUCAGGUAACCUUAUAAGAGGAGGAGAUUAGCAGAUGUAUAAGGUGUUUAUUUUCAGUCCCAGAGGAAGGAAAACAAUUAAUUCAUAUCUUAGAUCCCUUGUCUACGCAGGCCACAGCUUUCCCUUAUUUUUAGACGUUGAGGUACACUGACGUCUUCUGUGGUGGAACUUACUCCUGUCUCCUUUAUUUGUGUCUCACCUCUAUCUCUGUAUCAGUGUCACUUUAUACUAUAUUCACUUAUGAAUAUCUCUUACUCUAGAUGUUUCACACUGAGGACUACGAGUUACUGGUUCUUCAGCACAACUGCUGCCCCUACUGCCGGAGACCCAUUGAAGAGUCCAGUCUAUAAAACAAGUCUUAGCAAAUGCUCUCACAAGCAACCACUACAAUGCAAUAAAAAAACAACAAAAGACACUCAACUGCAACAACACAACUUAACCUGGCAUUGGGCUACAACUCAGAUGAUGCACAGCCAGCAUUAUGUGACAUGUGGUUCAGCAACUGAAGAGGAGGUUUGCUGUUGCCCAUUCUACAAAACACUAUCAUGCAUUUUAUUUAUUUUAUGUUUUCUAUCUUUCAUGUCUUAAUGACAUUAGUAAUCUUCAUUUCGAACAUUCCGCUUAGUGCUUUAAAUUGAACUCCACCCAAAUCUCUGUUUGAAAUGUUAUUUAUGCAUCUAUACAGUUGUAGUUAUCUCUCAUCACAACACUUACCUAAAGGUGAUUGUGUGGGAAGAUGACAGGUUUAUUGUAAUGAUCUGGAAAAGUUAUCUUAAGUGUAGAUUUGUGGUGUAUUUUGUAGCUCUGCCUUGGAAGAGACGAUCUGCUUUAGAUACAGAAAAAGCAGAGAGUUCAUAAAAUAGUUUAUAACAGAUACAGAAAAAAAUCUAGAGAUCUAUCAGAGUCAGAUAUUUAUACACAAAUCAGAAGACGAGAUUGCCUUUGCUAUACGUACGUUUAAAAAAAUCCAACUGGUUCAUUGGAAUAUUUACAACAAAUAUUUUUGUUAAAACAUACACAUGAAUUCAAGGUAUUUUUUUACAUUUGUAAUUACAUAUGUGUUUAUUUUUUUCUAUUUAUGGAUAUUAAAGGGAUUGCAG